CUUUUAUACCCCCAGGAAAUGAAAAAAAAAAAAAAAACACCUGGUCAAACAAAAAGUACAAUCAUUCAAUGGAUAGUGAUGAAAGAAAAUAAAUAUUCAAAUUAGAUUGCAGCCCAACCCAAGUGCUACCUUGUAUCUCAUGUACUUCCUUUAAAAUAGUCACAUUCUCAAGACACAAGCAUCAAGCACUCAUCAGAAUAAAGAUAAAUGCUGAGCAGUUCUGUCUUACUGUGCUGGGAUAGGUGAGUCUUUCUAUGUCUAUGUGAGGAGUUGCUGUGUUAACUUUUACAUUUAUUAAUGCAGUGUUGUUCAGCUUCGUGUUUGAUUUAAAAUGCUGAAUUUAGAAUUGAAAUAUAGAUAGACAUACACACACACAUACACACACACACACACACACGUUUAAGAUAAAAUGAGCAGAAUGAUUGCUAUUCACUUAUGUCCUGUGUAUUCAAUGCUUUGUUUAAUUAUUUUUAUUUUGCUUAUUUAAUUAUUUCAAUUGUGUUCUCCUUCCUGUACACAUGAGGCCAUAAUAGAUGUGUAGUAAUUGUGAUGAUGAUUGCUUAGUGGUUUAUAGCAGAAAAAAAAUAAAAAAAAUAAAAAUGUCUCUAUUCAUAUUGCUUCUGGGCAUGAACAGUCCAACAAGAUAAAACUCAAAGUAGGAAACAAAAAUAAACUUUUGCAGACAACAUUUAUAGCUAUACUUUAUCAGCAGAAGACAAUUAAAAUCAGAUUCUGUUUCAGGAAGCUGGGCCCGCUGCUACCUGUUCUGUUUAUUUAUUUAUUUAUUUUAACCACUUUAAUUGUUAAACUGGCGUGCAAAAUGCAGCAAAUCAGUUAUCUUGCCUACUGAUAACCUCUUCCCUCCCAUUGUGCGUACUUAUGCUAACUUUUAGUUUAGAUUGCAAAGCAGUGCAAGCAAAAUGUAUCCCAUGUAUCUAUACCAUACGGCCCUACUUACUUACCUUUUCUCUCAAUUUUGUCUGCCACCUAACAGAAAAACAUGUAACUCUCCAAGACUAAUUUGCAUCCUUUCUGCAUCUAUGCAGGAGGACCAUACAUGGUAGCUCCCUCUUUCACCCCAUCUUUGUAGGUCAGACUUCAUGGCUGUCAACUGACAGUCAAAGAAUGGUUUUAAGUAUACUGGGCAGUUUCUAUUAGUUAUAUGCAGCUCUGCUCUGCAUUGUAUAGAAUAUAAGCAUUAAUGUACUUACUGUAUUAGGUUAUUAUCUCCAGAUACAUACAUGAUUUUGUCAUUUGCGUGAUAUUUUCAAAAAGCGGGAUUCCUAGAAUUGACUUUGGCUUUCUUGCACCUUUAGGCAGGAUACCUGACCAUUUUUAUCUAUUAUUUUGACACAACACAAAUAUUUAUUCAUCUAUGUCAACAUUUCAGACUCCAUCUUCAAAAUGUUUAAUAUCACACAUUUUUCUUUAAAUGAUAAAUAAAUAAUAAAACAAAAUGUGUAAAAAUGUGUAAUUUUAAGGCAUUCUUUAUAAGCUGUUUUGGUCUACAUUUAAUUAUUAUCUAUGCAUUCCAUGUUUCAAAUAAUUAUUUGCCAAUUUUGUUUUUAUUAAAACAAAAAGGACUUGUUAGUAAAUUGUUUUAGAACAGAGAGUUGGUCCAGUUGCCAGUUACAGUUGCACUAAAAUGCACCAGGCAAAUAUUAGCAGUACUGCAAAUUGAUGCCAAAUUUAAUUUUCUAGUAUUUAUAUAGUUUAUGCAUUGAUGAUUUCUUUCAUAAAAGGACAAUAUAUGACAGUAUAUGCAAAUCUCAUAAUGUGCUGAAUGAGUGUUUGUGAAAGAAAGUUUAAUUGUAACUUUAAUUAGGAAUAAUUCAUGUAUAAUAUCAUAUACAUCAACAUAACAUUAUACAAAUGAAAUUUUACCUAAAAGAACACUAGACACCAGAUUAACUGUCCCUCCAGCCUCAGCAGAUAAAAAGCUGCCUUUUCAGAGAAAAGCCAGUGUUUUCACUGUUGCCUAAUGCCAAGUCUAGUGGUUGUCACUCAGACAGCCACUAGAGGGUAUCCAAUGAUUACAGGACCCACAUUUAUCUCUGCAUGGAAACUCUAAACACUUCCCAUAGAGAUUUUACAUGCUCCGCAUGGAGAUUCUGAACACUUGCCAUAGAGAUUCUACACAUUCUGCAUGGAGAUUCUAAACACUUCCUAUAGAGAUUCUACAUGCUCCGCAUGGAGAUUCCGAACACUUGCCAUAGAGAUUCUACACAUUCUGCAUGGAGAUUCUAAACACUUCCUCUAGCGAUUCUACAUGCUCCGCAUGGAGAUUCCGAACACUUGCCAUAGAGAUUCUACACAUUCUGCAUGGAGAUCCUAAACACUUCCUAUAGAGAUUCUACAUGCUCCGCAUGGAGAUUCCGAACACUUGCCAUAGAGAUUCUACACAUUCUGCAUGGAGAUUCUAAACACUUCCUAUAGAGAUUCUACAUGCUCCGCAUGGAGAUUCCGAACACUUGCCGUAAAGAUUCUAUACAUUCUGCAUGGAGAUUUCUAAACACUUGCCAUAUAGAUUUGUUGACUCAAUGCAAUGAGAAAAUUUUGACUGGGUCAAAGAUCAGUGAAUGCCAUUUAUGCACACUAGCCCCUCAAUGUUUCCUUACAGAGGAAGCUUGAAAAAGUCUACUCCAUGAGCCAAAAUUUUGCUAUUUGUGUACUUCCUGCUAUGCAUUAAAUAAAACACAAUCAGGGUUAUUUACUAAAGUGUGAAUUGUUGGGACAAGAAAGUGAUUUGAAAGUGAAUUUAAAAUGUAUGGACAAAGUAGUUGAAAUGGAAGAAUUCUCCCAACAAUGCUUACUUUUUUUAACUAACCCUGUAUGCACCAUUUUUUAUUUUUUUGUGGAAUUUAUUACUAUUGUGGUGACUCUGGAGGUCUGUGCAGCACAACAAUUUAGUAAGUGUUAAUCCAGUUUGUGCUGUACAUCUAGUAAAUAUUUGCACCUCUUUCAGCGAUCACUUAUUUUGUCAUAACUGCUUACUUUCUCAUAAGCCCUGAAGAUGGUACAGUGCCAGUAUAGCAUAUCAUAGCAUGGACUUCAUGAUCACCUAGUGUGGAGGAGUCUGUGAGGGAACACAAAAUGGGAGAUAUACACCUAUAUCCACUCUCUAUGCACUAGACAAGCCUCUGAAACUACCAGUAUCACUAGAAAUGAAACCAGGCCUAAUACAAUUUUGAUGCCCUGUAUCGUGUUACACCUUUGUCUUAUCUUGUUAAAAGGGUUUCUUUCAUUCACAUUGCUGGUUCCCUGAGACUGGCUUCGAUUAAUGAAUAUCUUAACAAAUAAAAGGUCAGAUUAUCGUCAUAUAGCAGGCUGACACACAGCAAGUCUCCGAAAACCCAACUCAAGUUAUCAUGUAUUCCUCCAACUAGCAAUUUAUAACCCAUGAAGAAGAUCAAGUCCAACCAAAGAUAAUGCUGAUAGCACUGUCUGGAUGCAUCAAAAUCCUUCACCCUGUAUUAUAUUUAUUACACUGUAUGACUUUUUUUAAUACGUGAAUCUUGUGUUGAUAAGCUAUUAUACGUGGCAAGAUAAGAUAAGAUAAGGAAAUACAUUGAGAUUGUAACAGAUUUUCUGUGGAAAUGUGACACAAGGUUUAGUGCAAAAUCAAGAGAACUCACAUAUUAUUCCAGUCAUUGAGUAAUUUUUACCUUGGUAAUACCUUCUUUUUAGUAACCAUAAAUAUAUUAUUGUUGCCAAGUGUUAUGAUGUUGAGCCCUUCCUGGGAACUCUGAUUAUAUUUUUGUAGUGGCUGUUAUAACACACUAUGAAAUCAUGAUUCAUUAACAAAAUAUGCUGUUAUAUUAAAUGGAUCAACACCUUCCUCUGAAUUACGCAGAGUUUUAUGUCCUCUCUGUAAUCUAUCACCAAUUAAAAGUGGACAUAAAAGACUAAACAAAUAAUGGCUAGCGACUCAAGCAAUAUUGCCAACACUAUAUGAUAUUAAUUUGUUUAUUACUAAAUUAUAUAGAUUUUACUUUGACGCAAUCACUUUUACAGAUUCGGAAUAUAGGUCAAUGAAAUAUAAUCCAUAGUAAAUCAUAUUUAAACAACAAAACUUGACUAGUUAUAUCCUUAUUUAGUUAACUAUGGUGUUAAACAACACCAAAAAUAUAAAUAAAUAGAUGUAAACUUCUAUGCCAACAACUUCACAAUCUCUUUCCCUGAACCUAGAGAACCCCCAAACAAAUGCAGUUUGUGAGAAUUUUAUUUCUAAUGUGAAUGCCUUUAAACUGUUAUACAUAUAUUUUAAAAAAUAUAUCAAUUAAAAUAAUCCUGUGGGUUUAUUGGUUAAACAAAAUCACUACAUUCCCUUUGGACUAAAAUUCAGAGUUGAUUGCAGCACUUGUGUUCUUCUCAGAUUCAAGAGAAUUCUCUUGUAUUAAAAAGGAAUAGCAGGUUCUCUACUGACCAAACUACUUUAAGCUUGUUGACUAUUUGCCCAAUCAUCUUCAAAGUGACUAAUGCUGUUUCUGGAUAAUUUUGGUGAAAAGUUAAAGGACCAUUAUAGUGCCAAGAAAAAAAACUCAUUUUCCUGGCACUAUAGGGUCUUUGGGUUCCCCCCCCCCCACUCUCAGGGUUCCCCUCCCACCAGGCUCAAGAGGGGUUAAGGGGUUAAACACUUACCUUUCUCCAGCACUGGGCUCCCUCGGCGCUUGGGAAAUCUCCUCCCUCUUCUAACGUCAGCAAGGAAUGUGCAUGCGCAGCAAGAGCCGUGAGCGCAUUCAAUCAGUCCAUAGGAAAGCAUUUCUCAAUGCUUUCCUCUGGACGGAAGCAUCUUCUCACUGUGAUUUUCACAGUGAGAAGUGCAGAAGUGCCUCUACCGGCUUUCAAUGAGACAGCCACUGGAGGCUGGAUUAACCCUAUUGUAAACAUAGCAGUUUCUCUGAAACUGUUAUGUUUACAGCUGCAGGGUUAACCCUAGAUGGCCUGGCACCCAGACCACUUCACUGGGUGCCUUUAAUAAUUUAGAUGACACUGUAUGGGUGCCAUUAUAUGCCGCCAUUUUUUCCAAUGUGACAAAGGCUAGUGCAAAGUCCAAAGAACUGACAUACUGAGUACUUUAUACUUUGGUAAUACCUUUCAUCUUAUUGGUAAACAUAUAUACAUUGUUGUUGCCAAAGUUUUGUGAUGUCGAGACUUUCCUAGGAAAUGUGAUUAUAUUUUAUAGGGGGUGUUAUAACUCACUAUGAAAUCAUGAUUCAUUAACAAAAGAUGCUGUGAUAUGAAAAGUGUCAGCACAUUCCUUAGAAUCACGCAGAGUCGGAUGUCCUCUUUCUCAGUCAUCUAUCACCAAAUACAAGUGGGCAUUAAAGCUAAAACAAAUAACGUCUAGCGACGCAAGCAAUACUGCUGACACUGAUAUGAGAAUAAUGUAUUCUUUACCAAAUUAUACAAACUGAUGAGUGUUUCUCCAAACUUAUGAGUGUUACAUCACAUGCCAUCAGCUAUGAUAUGUCUAUGCAAAAUCAGGUUAACCAUGUCUAUUCCCUGACUGAGAUUGUGUAAAUUACUGAAUUUAGCUAAUGUGAACUAACGGACACAUUUUCAAAGAGAUAAGCACACAUCCACUUUGAAUAUAGGAAUAGAGAAUAGCUUGGCAACAUUUUCUGGGACCCCUAUAUUUGAGUAUGUCGUUAUUUAUUAUUUCAACCAAACCUUGUAAUGUAACUAAUCUAAAAAGAAAAAUGCAUAAUAUAUUUCUCUAAAACGAACAUUUAGAAAUGAAUGGUUUAGGCUAUGUUUGUUUAUUUCUAUGCAUCGCUGCUUAUUCAUUUGUCACUUUUAUGUUGUCUAUUUACAUCUACUUUAGGCUUCAAAGACAGCGGUAAUAACCAUGAUUUGGAGGCUACUGGUAUUUUGGUUCUGCCUUUUUAAUACAUGGGUGUUGGGGAUAUUGGGUAAGUAACACAAUAUAAAACAGUUUCAUUGAAUGAAUUAUAAUUAGGAAACACCGUUACCCAACUAUCUAGAUAUACAUUGAUAGAUAUACAUUGAUAGAAAAAAGUAAAUAUUUUGUAAUUAGUAUACAAAGGUAAAUUAUUAAUUCUCUGUUCUAAUAAAUACAAAUAUCUUGUGACAUAAUAGCAAGUUUCUCAUAGAGAGAAAUAUCAGAAAAAAUUAUCACCAAUAAGGGGUCAACAUGAUUCUAUUACAUAGAGCAGUGCUCCUCAACCCUCUCCUCAAGGCACAGCUAACAGUCCAGGAUUUAGGGAUUACCCUGGUGUAUUUAAGGUGUUUAGACACUAAGGUGUUUUUGUUUGUUUGUUUCUAAACCUGUAGAAACACCCGGGUGAUCCCUAAAUCGUGGACUGUUAGGUGUGCCUUGAGGAGAGGUUUGAGGAGCACUGACGUAGAGUCCAUGAUACAUAUAUAUGGGGAGGUACAUACAGCCCAUGAAAUGCAAUUUUAAAAUGAUUUAUUAUGGCGUACUUGUAGCAUAAAAUUAGGAAACAUUUUGAAAUAAUUCUAUGUUAAUACAUUUCACCAAUCAUUAUUUGACUAAUAAAUGUGCUUAAAUCAAUACAAUAAAGAAUUACAUCAAUUAUUUGGUAAUUCUUAGUAUAUAUCAUAAAACAGUCCAUUUAGGAAAAAUACUAAAUUAAAUUGCAUUUAUUGAUCAAUCAUUAAACCUUAGGUCAUCGAUCAUUCUAGAUGUCUAGUUAGGACAUUUUUACAGUGGUUUGGUGUGUUUUCUUUUCACUAUGGCAAUGGUUGCUUCCCAUACAGCUCUAUUAUUAUUCAUUUGUACGUACACUUCCUGAAUACUGAAUAAAAUUAAUGUGAUAGAAUAUAAUAUAUGAUGAAUAUUUGCUCUGGUUACUGGCAAUGUGUUCAUAUUGCUUUUAAUGUGAUUUUUUCACAGGUAAUAACACCACGACUGUUGACUGGGAAGUCCAACGUUAUGACGGGUGGUAUAAUAACCUUGCGCAUCACAGCACCGGUGCCACAGGUAGGCGACGUCAAAGCUGUCUCUUAUCGUUGUUAUUUGCAAUGUGAUCUGUGUUAAUUGGUAAUAUGACUCAUUGUUUUUGAACUUUAUUUCAUAGUUACAAUAAUAGAAAUGUGUUUAUUUCUCAGAGUAACUGUAAUUUAGGAUGACUCAGUCAAACAAUUUCACACUUUCCCAUAUUCCUGUUGAUACAAAAUUUUUUUUUAAAAACAGACGUAAUUUCAUAUAAGGCUUAAAAAUGUUAAUCUAAAUCUCCAGGAUGGAUCAUUUAUCUACAAUUAAAGAAGUAAAGAAGUACCCAGAGUACCAUAACACAGCAUUUAGUAGUGGUUAUAGUGCAGUUUUUGUAAAAAAAUUUUUGCUUUAUAAAUUUGAUUUAAAUUUAAAUUAAUGUAUCUGGAAAUUGUUCCACAUCUAUAUGUAAAUAUGGUAUUUCCUCUGUCACAUAGACACUGUGUACAAACUUGUCAAAGAAUAAUCUGAAAAGUGAUGAAAAGUUGUAAAACUGGGACAAUAGUCAAGGGAACCAUUGAAACCACAAUGUACAUACCAUUUAUGGUUAUGCCAGUUUGCUAAACUUUUCCAAACUACAACAAACCUCUCCUUAUGUUUUUUUUGUUACUGUUCAUUUUAUGUAUCACCAGAUUCUAAACUCCUACGCCUUUACCCAGCCUCUUAUUCGGAUGGGGUUUACCAAGUAGCAGAGCCACCUGAGCUCCCAAAUGCACGUGAUGUCAGUAACGUAUUAACAAAAGGUCAAUCGGGUCUUCCUUCAGUCCAGAAUUUCACAGUACUUGGUGUGUUUUUUGGUAAGAUAAAAGUGAAUCUGCUUUGAUUAAAACAUUUUCCUUUAUAUUUAUAAAAAACAUAUGAUACAUUAAUAAUUGUAUUUAUAUUUAAACAGCUUUAAAUACAUUUUUAAAAAUAUGUGUACACACUACAACACUCUUACAACCAUAUCAUCAGCAACAUGCUUGUUGAGAGUGCCGUUUGCUAAGAGCGUUAUCUGAUCACUCUAAGUCAAAAAAUUGUGCCCAGCAUCAAUAAGCUUAGGUGAGACAGAUAACGUGUGACUCUCUGUCUGAGCAAGUGGAGGAGGGGAGUGUACCUGACAAACUCUUGGUAAGUAGUCAACUCAUUCUAAAACAAUGGUGGUGUCAGGGCUCCGCAGGCGGCUGUGAGCGGUCUCCCCUCAUCCUACCUGUCGGUGAGCAGCGUCUCCUCUGUGCUGCACACCGCUCUCAUCCUCCUCCUCGCCUCCCAGUGGCAGCAUGUAUAACACUGCAAGCUGGGAGCCUGCGCAUUUAUGCGAAUGCCGGGGUCAGUCACGUGACCCGGCGUUAAAGCAACAGUACCAUAAUCACAGUGGGAAGUAUAGAUAUCUCCCACGUGUGAUGGUUAAUUCUAAUUGGAAGUUAUCCAAUCAGAAUUAAGCAAAGGAUAUAUAUACUUACCUUUCCUGUCUCUCAGUGCCCUGCUGUGGUCUUGUGAUACCAUUGGUGCAGUUUUCUCGUGUUGCUCUCCGGUUACCGAUUAUUUGGCUCGUUAUUCUGAUUUUCCUCUAUUCUCCACUCCUUUGACCUCGGCUUGUUUCUCAUUCUCCCGUUUUCUGGCUCCCUUUACUUGGCUUGUCUCUUGACUAUUCUUAGUGCGCUUAGCCCGGCCACUCUAAGGACCAGUAUAGCAUCCUUCCUCUCUGUUACCUGUUAGCGUGUUAGGUUCCCAAAUCGUGACAGGUGGGGUAGGGCACUAUUGACACCAUACCCACUACAGUGCUCGGCAUGUUCCAAAUUUUCUACUCCAUAGUGAUCAUAUCCUUUACUUACAAGCAACAGAGCAAUAAAACAGAUUUACCUAUAUGCCUGCCAGAAAAAGAUAGCACAUUAACCAUCCCGUCGGCAUAGUCAAAGGUUAAAAUAGUUAACUUUUACCCUUUGUUCAUAACUCAUUGGGUGUAACUACUGUUUAACUUCAGUUAUUGAUGAAGGGACUUGGCAUCACUGCCAAUUAACAUAUAAUAUGGUAAUAUUGUAACCAGGAAGAGAGGACCAUAAAAUUAGAUGUUACAUAAUGACAUUUUUCAAACUGCACUCAGUUACAAUAUGUGAAGAUUUAAAUAUAACAUAAUAUAUAAAGAUUGUCAUAUAGAAAAUUAUGUGAGGGUAAAAGAAAAUUAGAGCAUGUAAAAUGUGCUAGCCUAAAUUAAAUGCGAUUUAUAUUCUCAUGCACCAACCGUUUAAUACGUUAUUGAGAGAGAUAACAUCUUUGCACCAAUAAGCCCAUAGCAGAGUCCUGCAAAUUUCAAUGUAAAGAAAAAUUAGAUACAAAUGUUUUUUGUUUUUUUAACUGUGACGCAUAAAAUAUUAAUCUGCUUCCGUAACUUGACUUAAAGGAGCGCUCCAAUGAAAAAAAUGUCAUUUAAUUAUGCAUUUUUCAUUGAGAGUAUAUUCAUAAGAAGCUUUGAAAUGGUGACAAUCUCUUGUCUGCGGCCUUUGCAAGCCUUCCACUUCUUCACCAGCCCAGACUUUCUGUGACUGUCUUUAAUGAAAUGCAAAUUUGAUGAAAUGCAUAUGGAUCAGUCACUUGAGACAGUGAUCCUUAGUGAGACCAGGGUCCUGCUAUAUCACUCCCAGUUUAUCUCAGGAGCAGACUCAUCUGCCAAUGCCUUCUCUUUCCAGGCAGAGGGGUCACUACUUGCCUGGGAGAAGCUUCCCAUCCUACCAGGCAGGUAUUAUUAUUAUUUUUAUUACUGGUAUUUAUAAAGUGCCAACAGAUUCUGCAGCACUGUACAAUUAGUGGAGAACGUACAAUAUACACAGACAAAUACAAGAGGUAGAGAGGGCCCUGCCCGUAACUUGAUAUGUAGCCAUUGGAUCUCUUUUAUACAAAGUGCUUGGCUAGAUGGCCCGUGAGCUUCUAAUCUAAAGGAUAAAAUGGAGAUUUGAGACAAGAUGUAGCAGGGGAAGUUUGGAGGUGAUGACUUUAAGUGUUAACAGAGAAGCAGCUAUUGGAACAAUACAAAGGGAAUGAAGAGGUAAUUGAGUGAGAAUCUCAAACAGCUGGAGGAGCAUGCUAUAUAUUUAGGGGGAUUUAGGUAGCGUCUCCUCUGCCCAUUUUUCUUCUACAAGGCAAGGAACUGACUCCCUCUACCCAUCCUUCUUCUACCAGGCAGCUAUUGACCCCUCUGCCUGUCCUGCAUCUCCCAGGCAUGUAUCAACCCCUCUGCCUGUCCUGCUUUCAAUUACUGCCUUUACAAAGACAUUUGUGGCUCUCAGGCCUAUAACUUUCUUGAUACAUCGCCGGAACCAGAGAAUAAUGCAGCCAGCAAGCAGGUCUAGAAACUCUGCUACUGGAUUCACCAAACAAGCCAGACAUGACACACAGUUCCCAAUGGAACUAGAAUACAACUCUACUUUGUGGACAAGUACAAGCCUUUGGUGACUUGUCCUUAAGCAUCUGGUGGCAACCAUUUACAAUGCCAAUAUACAGAAUAUUAGUAGAGCGACCAUAAUUCAUACAUCAAAAUAUAUAAUACAAGUAAAUAUUUCAAACACAAUAAAUAAAAAAAUAAAUAAAAAUAUAUAUAUAUAUAUAUAUAUAUAUAUAUAUAUGUAUUUAACUGCCUAUUUUUUUAAAUUAAUUUGCAUGCACAUUUCCAUUUGAUCAACAUAGGGCGCUGCAGAGUUAUCAAACUAACAAUGCAUACUUUGUAAAUCGAUUGCUACUGUCACACGGUCCAAUCACAGACUUCCCAAUGCAGCUCAUUAAGUGAUCUAUGUAAGGCAGGUGCUUUGAGCAGUUGCUUGUCUUUUGAGUUUAGCUAGCUCCAUUGAACUAUGCAGAUGACACACAAAUCUAUCUGUCCUCUCCUGAUCUCUCCCCAUCCCUCUUGACUAGUGUCUCUGACUGUCUCUCUGCUAUUUCUAACUGGAUGGCUGCCCACUUCCUUAAACUUAGCUUGACCAAAACUGAAAUACUGGUCUUUCCUCCCUCAAGUGUUGCUACUCCUGUGUCUGUCUUCCUCUAAGUCAACGGUGCUAACAUCAGCUCCACAAAGAAGGCUCGCUGCCUAGGUGUUCUCUUUGACUCCUACCUCUCCUUCAUGCCUCAUGUUCAGUCUUUCGCCAAAUCCUGCCACUUCCAUCUAAAAAACAUUGCGCACAUCCAACCCUACUGAACGCCAGAUGCGACUAAGGUGUUGGUCCAUUCCACUGUCCUUUCUCGCCUUGACUACUGUAAUCCGCUUCUCAGUGGUCUUACGUGCUCUUAACUUGCAUCGAUACAGUCCAUAACGAAUGCCCAUCUUCCUGUCCACCCGCACCGCCCACGCCUCACCCUUAUAUCAAUCCCUACAUUGGCUUCCUGUAAGAUAUAGGGCACAAUUUAAAAUUCUGGUUCUUGCUUUCAAAUCUCUACAUAAUGCUGCUCCCACCUAUCUAUCCUCCCUUCUGAAGACUUACGUAUAUCUUCUUUUCGUACUCCCACCUCGCCUCUGAUGCAUUGUUUAUGGGAUAAAUUAGCUACAUAUGAAGUCAUAGAUAAUAUUUUAUAGUAGACAUAUUCAGUUUCAUAAAGACACCAUCAUGAAAUAAUUUACUUUUGGCAAGUAAAAUCAUUUAGAAUCUUGUUCAGGUGAGCAUUGUUGGGAAUGUUCUACUCAGUAAGCAAUGACCCAAUGAAAUGUCAAUGUAAAACUUAUCGUAUGUUUAAUAUUAGAACUUGGUUUGUCCCAGUUUUCUAACUUGUAGAUCAUAUCUCAUCUAGGAUCGAUUCGAUUCAGGCUACUAAAAACUGAUCAAACAAUUGAGGUUCCAUAGGACAUAUUAUUAACUCAAUGGGUUCCAAAUGAUCUUGGCUCCUUCCAUAGGAUCUUAUGGAAGCCAUGGAAAACCCAUAAAGUGGUCACACUUGUACAUGAAUGAGAGAGGACUUAUAAUACUGGAAAAAUGCUGCAUCAAGUCCCCACCUCAUCCCUUUCCUCUUAGUAUAAGGUUAAUUUGAAACACAAUGAUACAUCUUAAUAUUAAGUUUUUUAAAAAGUCAGGUCUGUCUCAUCAAGCCAAAACCUUCUGGGCAGCUGACUAACUAUUUUGGCGGUCACCAAGUCCACUUUAAUGUUAAGGCAUGCCCUGUGCUGUUCAAAAGUCUGUUUCAAAAAUAGAUGCAAAGUGCAUACAAUUAUAUUUUAUUCACAAUGGUAAAUAUCAGGAGACUUUUAGAUAACAAUACUAUGGAAUAUAAUUUUUUAAUGGUUAACCUUGAAGAUGAAAAGAGACAGAAUGGUAUAACAAAGCACCAGCCUUAUGUUUUGUACCAUAUGGUACAACCAUAGACAAUCAUACACCAAACAUUACAAAGGUUAAGUAGUCUCACUAACAUUGCACAUUUCUACUAAUGACAUAAGUAAUCAGUAUUCACAAUUUACUUAAUCAGAACGUUAUCUAACAGCUGCUUUCUGUGGAUUUCUAAGAAUUAUGUUCCAGACAGUUUAAUUCAUAAAUCAUGCCCCAUUAUUAGAAAACAGAGCAGGAAUUUAAAUAUACGUCCAUGAAUCAAAAUGACCAUAAAACAUCAUAUUCAUUGUUAAACUCAAUAGGAUAAAUAGUUACACAAUGAUUACUCAACUGACUUCUUGUGGCCAUAAUCAUGUUAAGUAAAUUCACACCUGAUAGUAUUACUUUGAUAACAUUGUGAUUGAUAAGAAGAACUAAAUAAUCUCAAAUUGCUACAUAUUUAAGAUUUUUUCCUUUUUUACAAAGAUCAUUAUUAUCUCUGUACCACAUCACCAGAACUACUGUAUUUACUCUCUUAGUAAGUUUAAUACCUAAACAAUUGAAUAUGUAGUAUCCAGGGAUAUAUUUCCUGUCUGGAUAAAAUGAGAUAUGAUAGCAAAGUUACCCAAUAACUUAGUUCAAAUUACUAACCGGCCAUAUCAAACCAAAAUUUGGAUACAAUUUCUGUUAAUAUUAUUAUUGCCAUGUAUAUAGUGCCAACAGAUUCCUUAGCACUUUACAAUACUAUAAGAGAGAGGAUUUAACUAUAAAUAGGACAAUUACAAGAAAACUUACAGGAACAAUAGGUUGAAGAGGCCCUGCUCAAACAAGCUUACAGUCUAUAGGAGAUGGGGUAUAAAACUCAUUAUGACAGGAAAUAGCAAUUAAAUAAGGUUGGAGUGAAGCCGAGCUGGAGGAGAGAGAAGAGUGCUGCCCUUUAGGAGAGAGCAAGAGACAGGUAUGUGAGGUAGAGGCUACUCUGGGAGGCCGUAAGCUUUCCUAAAGGGAUGGGUUUUGAGGCACUUCUUAAAUGAUUGAAGACUAGGAGAGAGCCUGAUGGCAGUAGGCAGGCUAUAUCAUAGGAAGGGAGCCGUCCAUGAGAAGUCCUGCAAGCGUGAGUUGGCCAUACGUGUGCAAGCAGAGGACAGGAGAAGGUCAUGGGCAGAGCGGAGAGACUGAGAAGGGCGUACCUAUGGAUCAGUGAAAAGAUAUAAGAGGGGGUAGAAUUGUUCAAUGCUUUAUAGGUAUGGGUUAGUACUUUGAAUUGACUUCUAUAAGAUACAGGAAGCCAAUGUAAGGACUGACAGAGGGGUAAGGUGUGAGAGGACUGACUAGAGAGGAAAAUCAGUCUGGUGGCAGCAUUCAUUACAGACUGUAGCAGAGGCUUUUGGGAAGACCAGUUAGGAGAGGGUUACAAUAAUUCAUGCAAGAAAUUACUAGAGAAUGGGCAAGCUCCUUGGUAGCAUCUUGCAUAAGAAAGGGGCGGAUGCGGGAUACACAUACAUAAUCUUAGAUGAAAACAUACACACAUAUACCUAUGAGUGUUUAAACAUCUUCUUUUGCCUGGGUGGACAAGCCAUAUGACUAUGACAAACACGUUUUUUUACAGUAGGUCUGUUUUUCUGUGAGUGCAACUGUCAACAGACACUCACCAGACACUUGGUCAUGUGCUUUUAAGCAAAACAAUUUCAUUUUUAAUCGAUUUUAUGGGCAACAUUCCUUGUGGUAUUGCCGCUGUCAUGGGAGAUGUCUGCACUGCAUUUUUUCCAAAACGUCCCUAAAUGGUGUGGCUUUUUAGGCAGCUUUAACUAAUUACCAGAAAGGAAAUAGAUUGAGAAAUUUAAUUUGGUGGUAGAAGUAGGAUUUUGCAAAAAGUUGCUAGUCCUGUAUUCUAGAGACAUAUAUUGACAGCUUUUGUAAGAUUAUAAUUUAAUAUUCUCUUUGUAGUAAAAAAACAAAAAAAUAAGUAGUGGAAACAAUUCAAUCCAACCAAGUUUUCUUUAAAGCAGUCCUCCGGGUAUUUAAACAAGCCAGUUUUUAAAUAUUUACAUUAUUAUUUCUGACUCAAUGGCUACGUGCGCAUUGAUGAGCGUUGCAUGUUUUUUUAUUCGGCUUUCAAUCAUCCAUUUGUUCUGUCAUGAUAAUUUUCCCUCCUUAUUGAUGAUUAAAUAUGCUGCAAAGAGGCUAAACAACUAAUCAUGUCAAGAUUUUGGGGCAUAUAAUUAAUCUCAAGCAACACUGGGACAUGUAUACCCAAAUGCUGCCCAUACACUGAACACCUGCCCUUAACUCCUACAUUACCCUAACUCACUAUACUAAACAAUAACCUGUACACUAUACCAUACAUUAACCAAUAUACUAAACUAUACAUUAACCAGUUCACUAUGCUAUACAUUAACCAAUACACUACACAAUCACUAAGCAUUAACACCUAUCAGGAAACCUUAACCCCCUGCCCUACACUUACACUGUAACUAAACAUCAAUCCCUACAUCACCUGAACUGUUACACUAACAUUAACUCUAAUUUAAAAAUAUAAUGGAACAUAAAAGAUACAUAACAUGGAAGCCUGUAAAUGGGGGAAAUAAUAAUGGCUGGAGGUUGUAGAGACAUUCUCCCUUGUGAUUUAAUAUGAUAAUUAUAGAACACCUUGAUUGCAUUAUUGUGAAAGGUGUGUGUAUAUAUAUAUAUAUAUAUAUAUAUAUAUGUGUGUGUGUGCUUUUAUAUAUAUAUAUAUAUAUAUAUAUAUAUAUAUAUAUAUAUAUAUAUAUAUAUAUAUAUAUAUAUAUAGUAAUGAUAGCACUCCAAGGACUUCAAAAAAAUAUUGUGAAAAAAACUUAGCUUUUAUUCAGGUGUCUGCCAGUAGUAGAUCGACGUUUCAGUUCUCUAAUGGAACUUUUGUCAGGAUACAGUGCAAUACAAAAAACAGUGCUUAAAUAACAUACAUACAUAUUAAUAUAAUCAAAACAAUGUAUACAAGCUGUACUUACAAUUACACCUUUGUGUGAUAGAAGCUGGUGUGAAAAAUUUGUGGGUAAAUUUAACCCGGUAUACAGAAAAUCACUGGUUCAGGGGUGAACUGGAAAGCUAUGAUUGCGUUCCACUGGUCAUCAUAGCGACCAGUUGGAACGCACGAGGGCAUGUUCGCAAUGAACUGCGAGCAGCCAAUCACGUUAGUGCGGCUGCAGGGAAGGCUCCGCCCACUCUGGAUGCGGCUAGCGGAGAGCUCUGAAUAUCGCCCUUGUAUUCAUGGGCAAAAAUAAAGGGAAAUAGUUCCCCUGGUAAACAAAAAGCUGGGCUAGGUGGACAGGCAUAUCUAACACCAAUGACACUGUAAGAACGCCGGUCUCUAGAAAAUAAAGAGAACGGCAGAGAAAGAAUAUACAAUAAUAAUAAUAAAUAAACCAUAAGGAAGAGGAAUAAUUUUGUGGCCAUCUAUGUAAUUAAUAAGUUAAAGGUACAGAGCAAGUAGUAAAUGUUGGUCUUAAUAAAGAGCCCUUUCUGUACUAAGAGUUUUUUGCGGUCACCGCCACGUAUGGGUAAGGGUUUGUGGUUGAUUGACAGAAAUUUCAUGGACGGUAAUGGAUGCUAAUACUCAAGGAAAUGUUUUGCCACUGGUAAGUCUGAACCAUUUUCUCUAUUGGCCACCCGGGUGCUGGAGCGGUGGUUGCGGAUCCUUUCAUGCAAUGGGAGGUCUGUCUUCCCUAUAUAUGACAGGCCGCAAGGGCACAUCAAUUUGUAAAUAACAAAGUCACUGCAUGUCAAGUUGUGCAUGUCAAGCGAUGGCGGAUAGUGAAUUUCUUCCCUGUAUGAGGAUGUGUGAAUAUCUUACUUGGAAUCAUGUGGCUGCAAGUCACGCAGUCCAAGCAUCUGUAACAUCCAGUGUUCAGAUGUUUUGAUUGUGGAUUAUAGCAGUGGGUAGGGUCUGUUUUAACCAAUAUGUCCCUUAGGUUGCUUCUUCUGCGAUAACACAUCAUAGGAGGAUCCUUAAAAGCUUGUGGGAGAGAGUCAUUGUUUCUCAUCAUUCUCCAGUAACGGAUCAAUGAUUUCUUAAGAUGAUGUGAAAUUGUGGUGUACGUAGAUGGGAAGACAAGUCUUUCACUGUUUGAAAGUUUUGCCAUCGGUGUUGCAUAGCACUUGUCUAAGGCUGUCUGCAGGAUCUUGUUGCUAUAGCCCCUGGCUUUAAAUUUGUCCCACAUUUGUUGCAGCUGAAUUUGGGUAUUGUUGGUAUUGGAAUUAUUCCGUAUUACCCUUAAAGGGACACUAUAGUCACCUGAACAACUUUAGCUUAAUGAAACAGUUUUAGUGUAUAGAACAUGCCCCUGAAGCCUCACUGCUCAAUCCUCUGCCAUUUAGGAGUUAAAUCCCUUUGUUUAUGAACCCUAGUCACACCUCCCUGCAUGUGACUUGAACAGCCUUCCAUAAACACUUCCUAUAAAGAGAGCCCUAUUUAGGCUUUCGUUAUUGCAAGUUCUGUUUAAUUAAGAUUUUCUUAUCCCCUGCUAUGUUAAUAGCUUACUAGACCCUACAAGAGCCUCCUGUAUGUGAUUAAAGUUCAAUUUACAGAGAAAGAGAUACAAUUAUUUAAGAUAAAUUACAUCUGUUUGAAAGUGAAACCAGUUUUUCUUUCAUGCAGGCUCUGUCAAUCAUUGCCAGGGAAGGUGUGGCUAGGGCUGAUAAACAGAAACAAAGUGAUUUAACUCCUAAAUGACAGUGAAUUGAGCAGUUAAAUUGCAGGGGAAUGAUCUAUACACUAAAACUGCUUUAUUUAGUUAAAGUAAUUUAGGUGACUAUAGUGUUCCUUUAAGAACUGAGAAUGGGGCAGCGACUUGAUAAGAAGUCUUGGAUGAUGGCUAGUUGCGUGCAAGAUGGUAUUUCUGUCUGUUGGCUUGCUGAAGAGAGUAUACGCUAUGGUAUUAUUUUCUUUGUAGAGACGUAUGUCUAGGAAGUCAACCGUGUUAGGAUCCAUUGUCAUGGUGAGUCGUACCGGGGUAUCCAGAUAGUCUCUAGCAUCUGUGUGGUAGAGUCAGGUGUGCCAUUCCAUAUCAUGAUGAUAUCAUUGAUGAAUCGUCUGUAAAAAGCAAUGUUGGCUUGAAAGGGGUUAAAAUGUUCUCCUGCUCGAAGAUGUACAUGAAGCCGUUGGUGUAUAUGGGGGCCAUGGCCACCCCCAUUGAUGUCCCCGAGAUCUGUUGGUACCAUGUCUUUUCAAAUAUGAAGUAAUUCAUGCUUAGAACAAGGUGUAGUAAUUCCAUGGUGUAGUCUAUGGGUGGGCCCAUGUAAUAGCAUAGCUUCGAUACCUGGUCUAUGUGGUAUGAUAGUGUAAAGGUUUUUUACAUCGCAUGUUAUGAACAAUGCAGCAGGGUCCAGUGUAUUGUUAUUUUGGAGAGAUAGGAGUAGGCUUGGGGUAUCCUUAAUGCUCUAUUACUCUCAAUUGUGCCUCUUUGAUUUCUUUUAUUUAUUUGAAUUUUUAUUGAUUUUCUUUUCAAAAUACAAAGAAGAUAUAACAAUACAAAACAUCAUACAUUACAUAUAUAGAUUACAUUUAGUUUGCAGAGUUUAGAUUUUUGUUCAUAAACAGAAAGAAAUACAAAUAGUUUAUCACACCGUAAAUCUAUAUAUUGUAUUUUAUCUUCCACGUUCAAAACGGCCUUUCUUAACUUCAUUACAUUACAACAUAGGACUUGUUAGUUAGCCAUAUUCUUAUGCACAUGUAUCAGGAAUAAAUACUUUCCAACUUAUUGAUAGUUUGUUAUAGAAAUGGAAAAUGUCACUUUAUUUAUAUAAUUAUGAAUAGCUUUUUCAUUUGAAACUGCUAUGAUUGUGCUAUAACAUUACCGUGUUGCGUAGAUUCAUUUGAUUUCCAGUAUCUGGCAAUCACCAUGUUGGCAGCCAUCAGACAAUGAGUCAUUGUAAUCCUGGCUUUUUAGUUUGUCAUUUCACUAUUCAAAUACAAGGGCUUUUUCUGGCCUUCUUGCCAGACCAGUGGUUGCUAAUUGGUUUAUUAUUCUAUGGACUACUAUCCAGAAUUGCGUAAUCUUGGGGGCAUCUCCACCAAAUGUUUGUCAUAGUUCCUACCUCUCUACCGCAUCUACAACACAAUGAAGAGUGUACUGAAGACAUUUUUGCAAGUCUGUUCAGGACAAUAUACCAUCUUUGUAUUACUUUCACAAACAUUGUGAGUACAAUUAGGCAAUGGAUAACCUUCUUUGUCGUAGUUACAGAGUCACACCAUUCUUUAUGAGAAUUUUUAUACCUAAGUCAAGAUACGAUUUCUUAAGGGCUGAAGGCUGAAUUGGUUCAAAUCUAGUGCUCAGUAAAACCUUUGUGCAUGAAUAGAUUUUAUUUACAUUUUUUUCACAGAAGAUUUUUUUUAGUUUGACCUCUUUAGUUUCUUUAUGUAAAUGUAGAAUAUAUUUUUGCAGACAGCUUUUAACCCUGAAAUAAUUGAAGAUUUCACGGUUAAGGAUAUCAACUAUAAUAACCACAAUAAAUCGAUGUAUUGUUAGGAUAAACUUGUCAAUGUACAGGCUAUUUAUUCUCAAACCGUUUGCAGGGGAACAUCUGUUAGCAUAGUUUUUCCCUUACCAGCACUUUGUUUUUGGUGACACCUUGAGUAGUUAAAGUAAGGUGAAACAAUACUUUAAAUGAAGAAGGAAAUGUAUAUAGGAACUGAAACAGGAAUAAAAUUAAAGAAGGACUUCAACUCAAAUGGAACCAAUAGUUAUAUGAAGUUUUGACUAAGGACACAGAGAUUGGGAGGACUUGUCAAUUGAUGCAAAAUAUAUUACAUCUUGACUUAUAUCACUAGAUGACAAGACUGGUUGUGUGCAAAGAAAAAGGAAUUAGUCUCAAAUCUAAAAAUUAGUAGGUGAUAAUCUUGGCAAUGACUUGACUAUGUUUGUUCAGGAUUCAUUAGAUUAAGUAUAGUAUGUGGUAAGGCAAAGCAGACAACGACUUUAAGAUUGACUUGAUCAGUGUACAAUGAGUUAUAAACAGUAGCAUAUUUGCGUGCAUGAGUGUAUAUGUAUGCACAUUCCUCUGUCUGCAAGUAGUCCAGGCUAAUUGCUUACCUUAUCUUCUGGAUAAGCCAAUUUUCAGUCUUAUUUUUGUACUGAACAUUAGCAGGGUAAUGAUUAUGUCAAGAACUUGAGUUUGCAUAAGAAUUAGCUGACAAAUCCUAGAAUGCAUGAUUGAUGAAUACCUUUCUGAUUAAUAGUAGCGUGGUUUUUAUGUACAUUAAAAAGUUUAAAAAAAACUAAAGUAUUUCAUAAGUAAAAGUACUUAAUGUAUUUUUGAUGUAUAGAAUACGUUUGAUGGGUUCAUUUGUAGAUUUGAGCAUAGCAAAAAAAAAAAAAAAUUUAAGCUGAAGCAUUUCGUCUGAAAACAAAAACAAAAUUCAGGAUGCCUGAAUUUUAUUAAUCAAAUAAAGUUUCAGGAAAACAAAAAGAGGAACCAUAGGGUGCAAAAAUGGGCCAAUCAGUAUCCUGUAAAAUAUAUAGAUAAUACUGCAUAAUAUAUGUAACAUAAAUAUUAUGUGUAUAUUUUACAGUACACUGAUAUGAGCAUUGUCCCACAAUUUGGGUCACAUAUCAAUUGAGAAAAAGUAACUAAUAGAGGUAAAAUGGAGGAGCAGUAAAAUAAAUAAAAUCAAUAUGUAUAUAUAUUUAUGAAAUAUAUAAUAUAUACAUGUUGAUAUUUUUACUGUCCCUCCUUUUCUCCCCUCGAUUGCUCACUUUUUACUUGAUCUGUAAAUAAAAUCAGCAUUUAGUGUCUGCCCCCUAGCCGUCAAUCAUCUUUUCUUUUUUUUUAAUUCUUUAUUUUUAUGGUGCAUUCAGUGAGUACAUACUCUUGUAAUGCCGCAACAGCAGUAACAAGAAGGGUGAGGAACAUAGUUUAACUGACAUAUGGCAUGGAUAGUUGCUGCACACAUUUUUAAAGUAAAUAGCAUAGUCACAGGCUUAUCCAACAUGUCUAAAGUAUGUGUAGAGAGUUAUCAUCGUUAGCUAUCUAGACAUAUUGGUGUUCAUGCAUAAGUGAGUUAAAUAGCAGGCUUUUAACUAACAGGCUUUUAAACUAAGGAGAUGCUUAUAAGUGAGACACUAAAGGUAUGCUGUCAGCUUCUUAAGUAAGAUUAGAAAGGCAACAGGAGGCAAACAUAUUAAUACAUAGCUAACAAGCAAAUAAAGGCAAGCCGAGCAUAAUAUGUGGUCAAACACGGUUGGCAAUAUCGAAUGAGUGUAAAGGCAGACCCAUAUGGGUUACAUGCUAACAUCCACCUAUAUGGCUCGUGCGUGUCCCCACCGUGGUCUCUGUGUUGUUGUUUGUGCAUGUCAAAAAAUGGCAUAGACCCCUCGAAUAGGGAUGAACUUAUAAUUAAAACAGAAGAAGGAGGUACAUGCGGAAGUGUGACCCUUAAGGUAUUGGAUGUGGGCAUCUAUAGCCUGUGGUACUGACUCCGGGGUACCUCAGUCCCACUUACAUGCUACACGCGUGGUCCACAAGUUGUAUGAUGUGGGCAUGUGCUGUUAUAGUAGAACCCUAUUGCUGCCAUGUUCAGCUUAAUUAGAUUAACUCAUGGGGUUAUGGUUGUGGUGACAGUGUGUUUCAGUGAGGCUUGAGAAUGAGAGGGUUCACAUAAAUGUAACGAAAUAAAAUUAAAUAAAAACAAAGUUCUUAUCAGUUUUAGUGGGUCAGUCUAUAUGCCAUCCCUGCUGAUCAAAUGUCUUGGGUCUCUGGGUCAGCUGAUUACUCUGCUGGGCAUAGUAGAAGCGGACAUCCAUGUACUUUGAAGGGUGAAGAAGGGUUGUGUGUGGCGGGAGGCUUCUCCCCAGCUCCAGGCCUUAUGUGGGGUCGACAUCGCGUGGCCACAGACUCGGGUACUCUUCGUGGCCGGGUCUUUUCCGUUGUGGGCGCUGUGGAAGAUUCUGGUGGUCGUCCGCUGCCAGUUGCGGGUAACCUUCCUGCGAUGUGAUCGAUGUACUGGAGAGAGUCUCCUGGUGACCUCUGACCUAGAUGGGCACUUAGCCCUGUGGUGUAGGGCAGCAUUGCCCUGGAUCAGCCGGUUCCGCCCCACAACUUCGGCCAGCUCCACCACCUUGUAGUGAGUGGGGGUUUGUUGGGCAGUGCGUUGCUCCAGCUUCUCCUAGAAAUGGCGGAGCAGGUCAUCCAGGCGCCUGUGAAGGGGCUGAUAGGGUGCAAGCCAGGUAGCGUGGUUUUACUAGGCCCUGCACUGUCUGGAUGCGGGCUGUGGUUAGCCUCAGGAGCCGGUGGUAUCACAUGAGCUAGGCUAGUAGGGACCGGGAUAACCCCCACCGGUCCAUAAGGGGGAGAACGGGGACUCUGUGUCAGUUCUGUCGAGGAUCGUGGCUGCGGGAGAGCGGCCAUCUCCCCUGUGUCGCCCGUGCCUCGAGGCCUCUUUAGGUUGUCAAGCUGCACGGUCCGGGAAAUCCACAUGCUUGGUGUCUGCGGGUAGGUCGCAAGGUCCCCUGGCAUAUAGCAGCCUUCUUGGACCUGGUAUCAGCCCUGGAUCGGGUAGGUUUAGUAGAUUCUGCAGUUGUACACAGGAGCAUUUGCAAACUACGUCCACUCUGUUCAGAAGACAGGCCCCGCACCCAAGCCAUCAAUCAUCUUUUUACCAUCAAUAAUUUUGGGGGUUUUUUUUGGUACCAUUGGCAGAAUUCAGAAUCAAAAAUCAAAACGAACAUGCUUGUCUAUAUGGCAGUUCAGAUAUCAGGAAUUCAUACAAUGAUUGUUCCAAAUUUGGACAAAUUGCAGUUUGAAAAAAUCUCCAAAUCUAUUGAUUUGUAUGUUGAGUUUUGAGAUUUUUUUUUGGGGGGGGGGGCGCUAAGCAGACUGUGACAUUUCCUUUGCUAGCAAUUGAUAAAUAAAGGCUAUACUAAAGCAUAGCUUGAUUGCUAAUAACGUUUUGAUACAUUUCUUUAUUUUUUCAUAGGUUACCAUGUGCUCUCAGAAAUAAUUUCAACAGUAAAUCCUGCCUGUCCGGCUGAAUUUCUGAAUAUUUAUAUAGGUGCCGGAGAUCCAGUGUUUAAUCCUACGAAUAAUAGCAAUGUAGUUUUGCCUUUUCAAAGAAGUAAAUGGUUUCCGGGUACUGGAAGAAGCCCCAAUAAUCCAAGAGAACAGGUAUAGUACAAUGUUGUGCCACUUUAGAAAAAAUAGCUCAAAUGCCUUUGCCCACAUACUAAUUCUAUAGGCAGAAUUUUAUUAAUUUUAAAUUUGUAACCAAAUCUAAAGAACUCAUGUAAAAAAAAAAAAGUUGUAUUUGAAAAAUAAGGUAUUUAAUCAUACAAGUUUAUAUGCAAAUAAUAUCAAUACAAGAAUUACAAUAACAAGUAAGUGACAAUAAUUUGAGUGUUCUCUGUUCACCUGGGCAAUUGCUACAGUUUUACAUGAUCCAGUAAUGGAGAUGGUGGUUCAAGUAGUACUCGUCUAUUAAAUAAUAUUCCUUAAUAAGGACAGUAUCACACAAGGUACAUUAGGCAUCUGGGGACCGGGACAGCACCCCAAUGACUAUCACAAUCACAGGGGUCCCCCGUGAAUUUUUAGGGGCGGUUCCCGGGGAACUUUUUGUCCUAUUUGGGGAGCCUCUUUCUGGCACGUUGAAGAUGAUCUUGUGCUAUUUUUCAUGUAACAAUUACAUAUUUAUUAAACCUCUAAUUUUCUUUAUUAAAUCAAUAGGAUUUGUUUGCAGUCACAGUUUUAAAUUCUAAUGAUGUGACCAUAUAUAGUUUUAUUUUGCUUUUGUGUGUCUGUCUCUGUCUGUCUAUAUCUAUCUAUCUAUCUAUCUAUUAUUAUUAUUAUUUUUGCCAUUUAUAUAACGCCAACAGAUUCCAUAGCGCUUGACAAUAUUAUGAGAGGGGGGAUUUAAAUAUAAAUAGGACAAUUACAAGAAAGCUUACAGGAACGAUAGGUUAAAGAGGACCCUGCUCAAACGAGCUUACAAUCUAUAGGAGGUGGGGUGUAAAACACAUUAGGACAGGAAAUAGCAAUGAAAUAAGGUGGGAGUGAAGCAGAGCUGGAGGAGAGAAUAAGUGCUUCCCUUUAGGAGAGAGCAAGAGACAGGUAUGUGAGGUAGAGGUUACUCUGUGAGGCUGUAAGCUUUCCUAAAGAGAUGGUGUAACAAAUGCCCUGUUCGUGGAUUACAAUGUUAUUACUGUUUUGCACUCUUUGUUACAAUAUCCUGCACCUAUAUCCCAUACGAAUGUUUAAAUGAACAAACUAUACCCAAUUUGUUUGUUUACCGAACAGUUUGUUGAACGUUAGAGCAGCCAAGCCAGUCGUGUGACACCAAUUGACUCACUUGACUCGAUGCCAAACCGCAACCUCAACGUUCUAAGUGGUUCACUGGGUGGCCGUCGAUUCGUAUGCACGAACACGUGGUAGCGGCCAUCUUGUUUUGUCAAACGCAUCCAGCGGGUUUUGGUUAUCGAGUGUCUGGAACUAUUUUCGGACACUCGAUCUCCUGAACACUGCUGAGACUUCCAGGACCACUUAGCUUCGUACUAAUUCAUCCGAAGAAAGCGGCAUUUGGUAGAAACAAUACACGAAUGAAGCGGCACACGACCAUCACACACACCAACGUUUAUGGGAACUAUUGUUCAACAUUUUUAAGGCACGAAAGCACCCGCUGAAUGCAUGGAACUAUUUUGGGCAGGAGUCUCUUGUGCGGCUGGGCAGAAAUGGGACUUUCUGAACCCUUGAAUUGAUUCGUUUGAUUUUUUUUAACAGGUUGUUCCCCUAACUAUGCACCAUCAGAAAAUAUAUGUUUUAUGGGGUUUGGAUAUGGUUUUAGAGUAUUUCUGAAAAUGUGUAAAAAUUUUCAUUUUUUUGUUUGGAGAUAAUUGAGUUGAUACAGUAAUUUACUCAAUUAUCUCCCAAGCAGAGGGGAGGAAUUUUGUGUAAUGAAUGGGAGUGUUUCAUUAUGUGACUGUAUGGUCAUUGGCUGUUCACUGUAUUUCCCUGUGCCCAAUAAGCUCCAUCUGGGUGACAACCUUGUUGGGAAAGUUGCAUAAAAGGCCAGCCUGGCCCAUUAAAGCUUCAGAUCUGCUUAACCCACAACACGUAGCCUUGCCUCAUGCUUGUAGGGAACCCGCUUCACAACUAAUCACUACCUCUUGAAAGAGCUCUAUUACCCCUUCAACUACUGGUACAGCUGAGGUGACAUCUGGAGAAUACUGCAGCACAGCUCCUCUCAAGGGAAAAGGACGUUUCCAAAGGCAUACACCCCUCAGAUACUCUGGGUGGCCGUUAAGGCACUACUUAAACAAUUGAAGACUAGGGGAGAGUCUUCCAUAGGAAGAGAGCCACCUGUGAGAAGUCCUGCAAGCGUUGGCCAUAUGGGUGUGAGCAGUGAACAGGAGAAGGUCACGGGCAGAGCAGAGGGACCCAGAAGGGGAAUACCUAUGGAUAUGUGAAGAGAUCUAAGUGGGGCUAGAAUUGUGCAGUGCUUUAUAGGUAUGGGUUAGCACUUUGAAUUGACUCCUAUACAAUACAAGAAGCCAAUGUAAUGACUGCCAGAGGGCUGAGGUGUGAAAGGACUGACUAGAAAGGAAAUCCAGUCUGGCGGCAGUAUUCAUUACAGACUGUAGCGGGGCAAUAUUGCUUUUGGGAAGAUCAAUUAGGAGAGGGUUACAAUAACCCCAUGCAGGAAAUUACUAGAGCAUGGACAAGCACUUUGGUACCAUCUUGCAUAAGAAAGGGCGGAUGCGGGUUAUGUUUUUAAGAUGGAAUCUACAGGAUUUGGCAACAUACUGGAUGUGAGGCUCAGCUAUGCCUAGAUCUAUCUAUCUAUCUAUCUAUAUAUAUAUAUCUAUCUCUCUCUUUAUCUUUCUCUCUCUCUCUCUCUCUCUUUUCUCUCUCUUUCUCAUCUCUCUCUCUCUCUUUUAAUAUAAUCAUCAAAAUAAGCUUUUAUAUUUUAUUUAGUUGUACUGACAGGAUAUUUAGAGACAUUUCUCUUUGAGGGAUGUUUCAGAUCAUAACUUUGCCAAAAAUGGAAGCUUGUCCAAUUAUGUGCAAUCCUAAAGAAAUGCAGCACAUUCUAAGAAUGCAAUUACAGCCAGUCAUGAAGGUGGAAAUUAACCUGGUUUUGAUGUAGUGUGCCAACGUAAUCAUUAGAAAAGAGACCUCACAACACACCCAAGCAAUUAGUACCUUAGUGAUAUUGGUGAAAGGUGAACUGUCGUGUUAUGUAUUUAGUUGGCACCAUUUUCAUUAGAUGAUGUAGUCAUAAAAAAUACAUAAAUAGGUAACCAUAACAAAUUAAAUUUAUUGAGCAUAUUAAAUAAUUAGAGUGACUCAUCAUCAAAGCAGAAUGAACAAAGCUACACCCUCUAAUACUGUAUUCAUAUGUGUCAAUUCUGAUUGUGCCAAAUCAAGCACUCGCUGCUGUUGACAAUCAAUUAGCCAUGACAUAUUUAGAGUAGUUAUUUUAUAUCUAUGAUAUAUGUACUUCCAAGGUGACUGGUACUAUCUGUAAAUAUUUGGAAAUAGAACAUUAUAAUGGCAACUCAAUAGAAAUAGGGAAAGGCUUUUCAUUUUUAAAAAUUAAUUAAUAGAAUGCGUAUAAGUGGUUCCUACCCUAUAUUUUAAAAAAUCUGUAGAUAGCAAAAGGAAGGAUGCCUUGAAUAUCAUGCAAUGACCUUUUUUUGGUUAGUAUCAAAAAAUAAGUUUGCAUAUGGCAAUGGAAAAGGUUUUUUUGCUGCCAAAACAAUACAAAUAUACCAUUCUACUCCCAUUGGUUUAUCACCUUUUGUAGAUGUUUUUUUUUUUUUAGAUCUGCAUACCUGUUCUUUGAAAAUAAGAAAAAACUGAAUAUUGAAUGAUAUAACAGUUUAUAUUUUUAGUUAUGUAAACAGCUGGCUGAUCUAAUUACAAUUAUGUUUUCCACUUUGAUUUUUGGGGUGCACACCUUUUGGAUCAGCAUGAAAAACAGAGCCAUGGUUUGAAAGGCUGAACUAGACGAGCCUGACUUAUUCUAGAUUAAUAUGUAACAAUUUAAAGUUCUUACGUAGUGUAAGAGUUAAAGCACACAUGCAGAACUUAUGUUCUGUGCAACAAACAUUAUCAAGAAUUAAGGUAACACUUUCAGAUCACAAAUUGGCAGACUUGAUUUGCCAGAUUUUUUUUAAUUUUUUUAUCCAGUAUCCAAAUCUAUUGCUCUAAAUACUUAAAUAAAAGGUGGUUUGGGUUUUUGGCCAUGAUGUAGGUGAUAAAUCAGUCUUUGGCUUAAUCAUGACAUUAUUAGAGUACUGAUUUGUCAACAAAAUGGCAAUCGCUCAACUUCUGAUCUCUAGAGGAGUGUGAUAGUAGAGUGCUCGCAGUUAGUUGAGUUAUUGAGGGGCAUAACUUGAAAUGUAAGGGAAGAAAUAGAGAAGAGAAACAGAGGCAUGCAAGAGAAAGAUAUGAUCCAUGAAAGAAAGUCAAAGCUGUACCAUAUAGAAAUUUACAAUACCUUUUAUAUAUUUUUGGGCUAACGACAUAGUUAUCUGUUAAACAAAUGCCUUGGUAGAACAAUACCAGUUCAAAAGAAGAAAGAUGGAAUAUAGACUGUAAUUUAUGCUCACACAUGUAACAUUGAGAAGUAUUUUAACAUCACCAAUUUUUUUUUACUGUUUUCAGUGAGAUGACAUGCCAAUCUAACAUAGAUGCUACAACCUCCAAAAGAUUCCAUCUGUGUGUAUUGUAAUAGGCUGGCAUAUAAAUAUAAAGUGUCUUCUUUGAUAUCUACAUUUUUACAUUGUAAACCCCUAAUGCUUAGUGAUAUUAAAAUAACUAUAACUUUACACCAUAUGUUAAACAGAUAUAUUAUCAGAAGGUAUCCUUGAUUAGGAAUCUAUACGUUAUUCUUUAGUAAAACUGGUAUGAUAUUCUGAUUUCUAAAAAAAAAAACCCUGUGAUUUCUUGCUAAAAUCUUAGAUAAUGCCAAUAUAGAUAUUACGUAUACAAAUUGACAUGCAUACUGUGUUGUCUAACACAUUACCAGCUCCAGCCAUUAUAUGUUUUUAAUAAACUAUGCAGAAGAAGCACAAGUGAGUAACUGCAAAUUGUAGAUAAGAAAAUGACAUUCAUUCAUGGUCGAUUAAAGUCUUUAAUAAGAUGUCUCUCCAAUAUAAAAGAUGGGUAUCAUGAACGAAUGAAGAUGCAAGGCAGCAGCCUCGAUAUUGACAAUCUUUUUCUAUUUGGUUAAAUUCCUAGGUCAACUCAGUUACAACAUGGAUUGAUGGCAGCUCCAUCUAUGGUUGUUCACAUUCUUGGAGUGAUGCCUUAAGAAGUUUUUCUGGUGGAAAGUUGGCUUCAGGGCCUGAUGGACAGUUUCCUAGUAAUGCAAACCCCAGUCUUCAGAUGUGGAAAAUACCAGAUCCUGCUACAGGUCAAAGAGGAAAUGGAGGAAUAUAUGGUUAGUUUAACAUGUCUUAAUAUAGAUAUAAUCAUUCAACUUAAAUAAAGGAGCACUAUAUUUUUUUUAUAAUAGUAAUUAGUAUGACCACUGCUUCUGGCCAUCCUACCAAAUCUGCAUAGAUUCUGUUUGUUUAAGAUUUACCUAAAAUUACUAGCCACCAACAAGAUAGUGGUGAGAAACGAUAACAUUCCUCCCCACUUCCAGACUAAAACUGGUGCCAUGCGGAUGAGAAAUAAAAGAAUGAGUCAACUGCAGCCUUGAGUGCUUCUUUGAGGAAGUCCAAACUUUACCUGGACUAUAUUGCAGUAUAAAGGAAGUAUAAAACCAUGAGCAAAAUAUGAGAGAACACUGAGAAUAAGCAUAAACUAAGUAGCCUGCCUUUCGGUUAGUCCUUGCUCAGAUCUCAAUAAAGUUCUUGCUCACUUGAGUCAUUACAGAAAAACUUAUACCAUUUGUAUAUUAGACUGCUCCAAUCCCUAAGGACAGUCUAGAUCCAUGUUUUAAUGGGUUUGGGAAUAGAAGAGGAAUUUCAAUAUCUAAUGUGCUUAGAAGAAAACACAAUACGUUUGAAUGUUUUAUUUAACACAGUAAUCUGUGUCAAGCUUUAGUCUUUAAUGCUUCAAGUUAUAGAAAGAAAAAAGGAACCUGCAUAAUCAUCUGGGAUUUACGCAACUCUGUUGCAAUAAGUACAUAGAUACAACCUGCUCUAGGCAACCUACAGCAAAUGCUUUCUUUUAUUUAUAAAAAGUAUGUGAUGAAAAACCAAUUAAACUCCAUUAGAUUAGUUUAUAUUUUAUGAUGUAUCACAGUAAUAAAUGCAACACUUACUAGAAAGUUUUCUUAGCUUUUCUAUACCUGAACAAUACAUGAGUCAAAAAAUGUGGAAACCUCUAAACAUUUCUUCCAUUUACACAUUUUUAACCUUGCGGGGAUAUUCACUGAAGUGAGAUUUCAAGGUAAGUUCAGAAUGAAUUUCAAAUUGAAGGUCAAAACCAAGGUCAAAAUAGCUAUGCUUUCCAUUGAGCUUCUCUAGUCUUAACUAUCAACUUCACUUUGAAUUCUCACUUUUUGUGAAUUAUUCUCUUGGUGUUUAUGUAGAUGCACUUUUCAGAAGAGUUACUAUGACAUUUUACUACAAAUGUAAUAAUUGUGAUUUUAUGAAAUAAAGUAGCAAUUGUCUGAUUAUGUAGGGCUUUUUAUCUAAACACACUGAAUUAUAGUAAUUUGAAAAUCAACAUUUUGCAAUUUUGUUUACUAUAAUUUACUGUUAAGUGUAUAAAAAUCCCUAGAUAGCAUAAGCUCUUCUGUAUUUGUAAUUGUAACAUUGUAAUAACCUAUUAAGUCCAUGUUAAUAUUUGAUAUGUUCAGAUAUAUACAUAGUCAUUCACUAAAGUGAGAAUUCAAGGUGAAUUCAGAGUAAAAUUCUAAUUUAAGUUCAAAAUAGUUAAUCUGGAAACAUUAUCGAAGUCGACUUUUCUUUCAGUUUGGCUAUCAUGGCCUUAAAUUUGAAAUUCACUUUGAAUUUACCUUGAAUUCUCGUUUAGCAAAUAACUAUGUAAACAUGUUGCACACUCUAUAGUACUAUGAAUAUUAUUCUCAAAAGCACAGAAUUAGUUGAUGAGGUACAAUGUUCAGGCUUAUAUAUUAUAGGUUAUUGCUGUACAUUUUAAUAUAUCCACAAUAUUAGAGAAUAUUUUUAAAUAAUUAUAUGUGUUUAUAUGUUAUUGCACAAUAGGUUUUGGUAAUGCCAUGGCCAACGAAAGUCCAUUUAUCCAAGCUGAGAGUAUCAUUUGGUUUCGAUAUCACAAUUAUAUUGCACAAAACUUUUCUGACAGCAACCCCGAUUGGUCUGACGAAGUUGUGUUUCAAAAUGCCAGGAAAUGGGUGAUUGCUACUUACCAGGUAACACUGAUGUUUGGAUAAUUUGGAAACAACUCUGUAUUUUUUUACUUUUGAUUAAACAGUAUGUUAGAAAUUUAAUUAAACAAAAUUAUGUUUCAAGAUUUUUAAGAAAUGACUGUGUCAUUAUACUCUCCACUUCGUUCUGUGAAUCAUAGCAGAUCAUCUUAAAAUCAAUCUUCAAGUAAGCCCAGGUCACACCUGUCCUCUCUCUCUUUCUCCUGCCGUGGGUCCACAGGUAGUCCACAGCUCCAGACACUGUGAAGACCAGCUUGUUCUCAUGUAAAGUCACUUUUAGGACCACCACCAUUUAUAUGAACAUUGAGGGCUUCUGAUUACAACCCUAAAAGCAACUGAUAGAACCAAGGAUCAUGUUCAGUUUAAAAAAAAAUUUGUUUCUUUUUAAGCCAGUAAGAUUGCUUUCAAUUUAUCGGAAUUGUAUGUACAGUUCAUAAAAAAAAAUCCAAAAAUAAAGCAAAAAUGGAGAAACCAUGAGUGAAAAACCAAGUACACCUUAUGAUUCAAUACAACACAAAAAGUGGAGCAGCGCUGAACAGCCAAGCAUAUAAGAUACAAAAGGCAGCACACCUGAAACAGGGGGAUUCCCUCUAAACCCCUAAAGAGACUCGAGGAAUAGAAACAGUAAAUAUACAUUUAGCACCAACAAUACUAAAUAAAAACAAUCAAAAAGCACUGAAAUAAAAAGUCCACAGUAUAUAAAAAUAUAUAUAUGGAUGGUUAAUCUCCACUGUACAUCAACCAACAAAGUUGGUGUUCCAGUAGAAAAAAAAAACCGCAGUACCAAGGGGAGACUCCAGGAGUCUCCAGGGGCUUACCCCCAAAGCACUAAGUAGAGAAAACAAAAAGAGAACACAGAACGCUGUCUACAAAUGUCAAAAGACAAAUGUAGAAAGCUGUGUAUACCUGGAAAAAUACUGUAGACUAGGAGAAGUCUAUUAUAUACAUAAUUUACAAAGGUAAAAAAUAUCCCUGUAUAGAAUAAAUUAAAAAAGUAGAUAGAAAGAGCAUAAACCCUGGAUGAUAUACAUAUAUCACUAUUGUAAUCAAAAAGACAGCAGAAAGCUACUGUGAGCUUUAAUUAAUCUGGCUCAAUAUACUAUUAUGUCUAGUAUAUCAGAGAGGGAGCAAGAGAAUAAGUGAAACUACCACCUCAAUCUAGCCUCUAAUGUGCAAAUGUACUGAAUGUAGUACAAUAAUCCCAAACAAUAUAUGGUCUCCAAAAUGCUGAUUGGGGCAGUGUAUCCAAUAAUCACUUAAAUAAGCACAUAGUAGGAUAGAGCGCUGCCUCCUACGAAAAGGGUAUGAGAGCAUACAUUCAAAAGUAAGAGGAGGCCAUACAUAAAAAAGGAUUAUAGGAGGUACAAAACAUAGACAUUGUGAAGAUUAGAAUGCUCACGGCAUAUCUAUGGAUAGAGUAGAAGUUAAUAGGAAGUCCUCUGAGAGGAAGUAAAAAGGACAGAUAGUAACAAGUACUGCAUAUAAAACUAGCAGUUUGAAUAGUAAAUUAUCUCUCACUUCCUAAAUGUAACUACUAGACCUCUACAGUGGUAGAUGAAUAUAACAGUCUCUAAAUGCCUGACGCGCGUUUCGGUGCUAUGCAAGAGCACCUUCGUCAGAGGCAAAUGAGCUACUGCUCAAAGAGUCACUUAUAUACCUUAUUCGCCAGUUUCUCAUUAGUCUUUCCUCCAAUCCCCGUCAUGUAGUUGGCAGGGGCGUGGCCGGCGUUUCCCGCGCCGGAUACAUCUGUUCGGCGGGGCUAACCUGGUGACGUUGUUUGAGUGGGACGGGCAUAGGAUAAUGAUUAUAUCAAACUCCGCCCACUCCUCUCCGUUGUAACUGGCAUUACAUCGUUUUCUUUGGUAUACAAACCAAAUAUCAAAAUUAUAUAAUCCGUGUACAGAGCCCAUUUCAAAGAGAUGUUUUGGGCAAAACAGGAUAUCCUUGUUAUUGAUCAAAUCCAAUAUAUCACAAUUGUGAAAAAAUAGAAAAAAUGCCACCAUGACUAUUAGAUAUAAAAUAUAAAAUAUAAAAUAAAGUUCUCUGUGUGUACCCCAGAUAUUUUAGUUUAUAUGGAGUCAAAAUCCUCUUAAAAGUAAAAGAUUCAUCAGCAUUUUUCCUGUAAACCGGAACAAGGCAUGAACAUUAUAAUUGGUAAAGUAGCGAACUACAUUUGAUAUUGAGCAAUAUCUUACGGGGAAAAACCUUUUACAAAAUACAUUUAAAAAAUAAUAAAGAUUGCAUAAGGACUACUAGAACUACUUAUUUACAGUAUAUACAGGUGUAUCAUGAAACACAAAAAUAAAGUUAAAGAAAAUAAUGAAUAAAGGAAACCCCAAAGGUUUAACCCCUUAGCGACCGAGGACGGUUCAGGACCGUCAUCGGCAUUUUUGCCUUGAGGACCGAUGACGGUCCUGAACCGUCCUAACGGUCUGGGGGUACUUACCUGAUCGCCGUCGUUCCCCCGGCGGCGAUCAGCGUUGCUCCGGUUGUGGGAGACUGCCUGCAGCCCAGACAGUCUCCCCACACUGAUUUAGGACCCCUGUGGCCAUGUGAUCGCUUAACACAGCGAUCACAUGGUCACAAUAGGUGUCCAUAGUGCUGCCUGCAGGGGGACUGCCUGUGCUGACAGGCAGUCUCCCUGCUAGUGUAAAAUCAAAAAAUAUGUCUAUCUAUCAUAUAUAUAAUGUCAUACUAAGUGUAUUUUUAUAUUAAUAUGUACUUAUAUUAAUAUAAAAAUACACUUAUAAUUAAAUUACGCACGUAUAUAUAUAAUAUAUAUAAUAACUAUAUAUAUUGUAUAUAUAUAUUAUUAUAAAAUAUAAAUAAUAAGUAAUUUAAAUUAAAUAAAAAAAAUGUAAAAUAAUAAUAAAAAAAUUAAAAAAAAUUAUAUAUCUAUAUGAAAUUUUAUUCUAACAGUAUUUUAAAAUUAAUAUAUAUAUAUAUAUUUACAUCAAAAUACACUUAGAAUGAAUUUGUAUAUAUAUCUAUGUAUAUAAAAAUAAAUAAAAAUAAUAAGAAAUAUACAUAUGUCCAUAUACAAAAUUACAUAAAUAAUUAUAUAAAUAUACACGUAGACUUCAUAUAUAAAUAUGCAUAUAUAUUUAAAUUCUACGUGCGUAUUUAUGUAAUAUUUUACAUAAUUCAGUAAUUUUAUUGAUUGCAAUUUGAGGGACCUGCCUGCCAACCCAGGCCGAAAUUCCAGAGAAUUGAAUUUGCUAGCACUGUAUUUUACCCUGUAACGUUCUACGACACCCUAAAACCUGUACAUGGGGGGUACUGUUUUACUCAGGAGACUUCGCUGAACACAAAUAUUAGUGAUUCAAAACAAUAAAACAUAUCACAGCGAUGAUAUUGUCAGUGAAAGUGACUUUUUGCAUUUUUCACACACAAACAGCACUUUUACUGAUGAUAUAAUUGUUGUGAUACGUUUUCCAGUUUUUAAACACUAAUAUUUGUGUUCAGCAAUGUCUCCCGAGUAAAACAGUACCCCCCAUGUACAGGUUUUAUAGCAUUUUUGAAAGUUACAAGGUCAAAUAUAUGGGUCAAAUAUUUUUACAUUGAAAAUGGCCAGGUUGGUUACGUUGCCUUUGAGAGCGUAUGGUAGCCCAGGAAUGAGAAUUACCCCCAUGAUGGCAUACCAUUUGCAAAAGAAGACAACCCAAGGUAUUGCAAAUGGGGUAUGUCCAGUCUUUUUUAGUAACCACUUGGUCACAAACACUGGCCAAAAUUAGCGUUCAAUUUAGUUUUUUUACUUUUUUCACACACAAACAAAUAUGAAUGCUUACUUUGGCCAGUGUUUUCGACUAAGUGGCUACUAAAAAAGACUGGACAUACCCCAUAUUGAAUACCCUGGGUUGUCUACUUUAAAAAAAAUAUGUACAUGUGGGGUGUUAUUCAGAGAUUUAUGACAGAUAAUAUUGUUACAAUGUCACUAUUGAUAAAUUUAAAAAAUUUAUGUUUUGAAACCGCAAUAUUCUACUUGUACCUAUAGCCCUAUAACAUGCAAAAAAAAGCAAAAAGCAUGUAAACACGGGGUAUUUUUAAAUUCAGGACAAAAUUUUGAAUCUAUUUAGCAGUUUUUUUAAUUCGCUUUUGUAGAUGAGUAAAAGAUUUUUCAAGUAAAAGUCAAAAAACAUGUAUUUUUUUCAAUUUUUCAUUAUAUUUUUUAAAUUAAAAUACAUGAGAUUAUAUAAAUAAUGGUAUGUAAAGAAAGCCCCUUUUGUCCUGAAAAAAACAAUAUAUAAUUUGUAUGGGAACAGUAAAUGAGAGAGCGGAAAAUUCCAGCCAAACACAAACACCACAAAAGUGUAAAAAUAUGCCUGGUCGCAAAUGUACAACAUCGCAAAAACAGUCCAGUCCUUAAGGGGUUAAAACAAGGAUAUAUAUUAGUCAGAGAUGAAUGGUGUAAAUGAAGACCCAUGGGUGAGAGAGUUGUAUUUAUAUAUAUAUAUAUAUAUAUAUAUAUAUAUAUAUAUAUAUAUAUCCAUAGGCUUUCUCUUUGUAGUAGUUUUUUUAUCAAGAUCGCCUCCCCUUGGACCAAGUGCGACUCUUUCAAUGCCACAAAAACGUAUGUCUUGUGCAGAUCCUCCAUGAUGGAGUUUUAAAUGUUUAGAGAUAGGGGUAUCAACUAGUCUCCUCGGAUUAACUGACGUGACAUGUUCGCGGAUCCUAUAUUUGAAUGCACGGAUUGUCUUACCAACGUAAAUUUUGUACAUGAACAGCUUAGUAGAUAAACCAAACCCCUAGAUUGGCAAUUAAAAAAGGUUUUGAUAUUAAAAUCCUGUGUAUUCGUAGAGUCCAAUAUCUUCUUGGAGGGACAAAGGAUAAAUUUACAUGCUUUGCAUCUGCCACAUUGGUAUGUGCCAGAUACAAAAGAUUUAAGCCAUGUAAAUUUGCUAGGAAGAGUCCGUAGAUGACUUGGAACCAACAUAUCUUUAAUAUUCCUUCCUCUCCUUGCUGUAACAGAGGCAUAAGGAGUUAAAGCCUUCUGUAGGUGAUGAUCCUGUAGUAGGAGUGACCAGAAUCUAUUGAGAAUUUUAAGCGUUGGAUGCCAUCCGGCAUCGAAAUUCCCUAUACAUCUUAUCGUCUGUGUAGUAUCACUUGCAUGUUUAUCUGACAAAAUAACUUUCCUAUCUGCCAUCAGGGCACGUUGGUAUGCAUUUUUCAGACAUCUAUUUGGAUAUCCCUUCCUUUUGAAUUGUUCUUUUAAAGCCUUUGCUUUACUCUUGAAAUCUUCAAUCGUAGAGCAAUUGCGGCGUAAACAUAAAUAUUGGCCCACUGGUAUUCUUCUUUUAAGAGGAAGUGGGUGAUAACUCUCCCAAUUCAGAAGGUUGUUUGUUGCAGUUGUUUUUUUAUGCAAGGUUGUGGUCACAUUCCCAUGGUCAGUAAUCAUGAUAGAUAUAUCCAAGAAGUCAAUGGCCCUGCCACCCAUUUUGUAAGUUAGUUUAGGUUGAUGUCAUUAUUGUUCAAGACAUAGACAAAUUCCUUAAAAAGUUCAGUGGUACUGUUCCAAACUAUCACUAUAUUGUCGAUAUAGUGUUUCCAAAUCCUAACAUGUUUGGUAUAUUUUCCCACCACCCCAGGUGGGGGUUGGCAUAUGAGGGGGCACAAGCCGUCCCCAUAGCCGUCCCUCUCACCUGGUGAUAGUAUUUACCCUGAAAGAUAAAGUAGUUGUGUGUUAAAAUAAAUCUCAUUAGGUCUUGUACAAAUUGAUUAUGCCUCUUUGAGGUGCUCAUUCUAUCUACUUUUUUAAUUUACUCUAUACAGGGAUAUUUUUGACCUUUGUAAAUUAUGUAUAUAAUAGACUUCCCCUAGAUUACAGUAUUUUUCCUAUCAUUACUAUAAUUGCUCCCCUGUUCAGAAGUUACACAAUUAUCCAUAAACGUUCACAGAGUUAUUGAUUAAACUAUGAAUUUCACUAAAUUAAAUAAAAAAUCCCAAGCUGUGACUAUACCUGUGAAUUUUGCUUUAAUUUAAUAUUGAGCUUUCCAAAGAUUCAGAAUUUACUGAAUAACCCUGUUUUAUGAUACUUGAAUUGAAUGUAAAAGACAAGCAUUGUACAGAGGCUAGCAUCAUUUUGUGUCUUUAUUUCUCUUUUAGAAUAUUGCCUUCUAUGAAUGGCUGCCAUUAUUUAUAUCAAGCGGGGUGUCAGUGUAUCAAGGUAUUACUCAUUUUUUCUAUAUUCAUUCAUUUACAGCAUAACAUACUGUAUAUCCUUUAUAUUAUUUAUUUAUAUGUAUUUAUAUAAAAAAGUAUUAACAUAAAGAGACGCAUUUUAAAAAUAAUAAAAUAAUAAAAAACUGUGCACAAUGCAGCAGGCCAUUGUUUAACCCCUUAAGGACACAUGACAUGUGUGACAUGUCAUGAUUCCCUUUUAUUCCAGAAGUUUGGUCCUUAAGGGGUUAAAGGAGCUCAUAUCUAUGCAUUGAAAUUUAAACAGUGACUGACUUGCUGUGUGUUUGUAUUUGCAUAGCACUGUGUGGCAUUCUGGGCAUUUGGUGAAAUGCCAUACUCAUUAUGUACUACGCAGAUAUCCAUUUUUUAGACCUGCAUUUCAUGUGCAUACAAUAAUCACUGGUGUAUUUUACAAUAUUUUAUAAUUUUAGUGCAGAGAUGGAGUCAGAUUCGUGUAAAUCAUAUGUCAAUGUAGGUAGGUGUUUGACUCCUAGAAUGUAUCUAUCAUAUGAUGACACCAUUAUUAAAGUAUAGAAGAUGGUAGACUGUAAUGAGUUUUUAUUUUUCAUUUCAUUCCAAAGUAAACAAAAAUGGAGAUGAGAGAGGUAUCUACAAUUCUAUGAGAGUUACACAAAUGGUACUCAAAAGUACAGCUAAAUGUAUUUGAUUUAUUUAACGUUAGCCAUUUAUGUCACUGUGGUAUAUAUGUGGCUUUAGAAGAUUGUAUGAAUACAUUUCUACGUUUCUACAUUAAUUGUAUUGGUGUGCAUCCUUUAUACAUUCAUAUACUUUAUUAUAUAUUUUGCUACAUUCACAUUCUUAUUUCAGAUAGUAAUAACAUGCCUCUCCAUUUUCUUAAUAAGGCUACAAACAGCAUCAAGACCCAAGUGUAUCUCCAGAGUUUUUGGCUUUAACUUCACAAGUUCUAUAUUCCAUGAUGCCUUCAGGAGUUUAUAUGAGGUAACCACUUUAACUUAAUAGAUUAGAUUAUUUUAUUGUGGUUUAUGACUAAGGCCUAUACUUGGAAAUUGGAAAGAAUACUCAUAGCUCUCAGUGCAAGGACAAUUUAUUUUUCUCCUAUGGUUAAUUAAAUAUUAAAAAAAGCAUUAUUUUGAUUCUUGUCCUUUGGCCUACCUACUUUCUACACUCCAUCAUCAGCAGCAAAUCAGUUCUUCUAAUUGAUGAUUCUGGUUUCUCUUGGUAUGACUUUGCAGAUCUCUGAUCUGUCUUCAGCUGCUUUCUAUUUCUUUUUUUAAUUAAUUUACUACUUUUUUUAUAAUUCUAAAGAAGUUUGUAAAGGUUUUAUUCAAUACUUUAAUGCAUUCAGACUUAUGUUUAAGCAAACAAUGAAUAGCUCCUCACCAAAUGUUCACAGUUUGGUACUAUUAUUAUUAUUAUUAUUGGUUAUUAUUUAUAUAGUGCCAGCUUAUUCUGCAGCACUUUACAAUAAGAGGGGAAUUUACUAAAUGAGACAAUAACAAAAUGUAACAGGAACCUGAGAAGAACAGAGAGGACCCUGCUUAAACGAGCUUACAAUCUAGAGGAAGUGGGGUAAAAAUCACAAUAUGAAGGAUAUUGAGGGAGACAGCAAAUAGACAUGGUGGGAAAGUAGCAGAACUGGAGGUGAGAGUGGAGUGUGGCCCUUUAGGAGAGAGCAAGAGGAAGGUUUGGGAGAUAGAAGUUAUUCUCGGAGGCCGUAAACAAUCCUGAAAAGAUGGGAUUUGAGGGACUUCUUAAGGGAUUGAAGACUAGGGGAGAGUCUGUUCCAAAGGAAAGGAGCAGUCCGUGAGAAGUCUUGCAGAUGUGAAUUUGCAGCAAGGGUGCGAACAGCAUACAGUAGAAGGUCAUCAGUGUAGCAGAGAGACCGAGAGGGGGCAUACCUAUGAAUUAAUAAAGAAAUUUAAGAAGGGCUAGAGCUGGCCAGGGCUUUAUAGGUAAGGGUUAGUAUUUUAAAUUGACACCUGUAGGGUACAGGAAGCCAGUGUAAGGAUUGACAGACGGGUAAGGUGUGACAGGAGAGAAAAAUCAGCCUGGCAGUAGCAUCCAUCACAGAUAUGCAUCAAAAUUGACUUCAGUAUGAUCGUAUAAUAUACUUUUGAGCAAAUUCAGAUAGUUUUGAAUUAUUUAUUCAGAGAAAUAUUUCAAACUUAAUAAAUAACCUGGUGGUGAGUUAAUAAUAAAAUAUGUAAUUUUUUUAAUUGACUGACUCUUCAAAGAAGAUAUAGAGUAAUUUAUUUAUUUUUAUUUAUUUUGCAUUUCCAAAUCUACAUUUGAUAUAUAUGAGUAUUAAUUUAGUUGUAAGAAUUCUGUAUAACAAUUACUCAAACUGUUCCCUUUCUAUGCAGAAAUAGCACUUGCCAUUUUCGCAAUGUGACUGGAUUGAAUGAUCAGACCUGGCCUGCUCUUCGUUUGUGCAACAAUUACUGGAACAGAGAGGUUAGGAUUUCUGAAGAAAUCUAUUAAAAUAAAUCUAUCAUGUUUUAAUUUCUGUUGUCUACAAAAUCUGUCUCCUCUCUUGUUCUCCUCUCUUAAGCCUGGUGGGAUGUGAUUCUAUAAUGUGCAUCAGUAUGACUUACUUUCCAGAUGUAACUGAAAUGAGUGGUAAAAUGUUCUACCGAAUUUGUGUCCGUCAUCUCUUUGUACCAAUUAAUUGAUGUUACCAAUUGCUUCUUUGUUCUCCCACUAUUUGACUUAACUUCCUGACGUCUGACCUCUUUCAAAAACCAUCUCUGAUGGUCAUGGCUUCCAAAAAGUUCUUGACUCUAUCUUGGGUUUCAUCCUCCUAUUCAUAGUAGCCUAUACGUUAAAAUAUUUUUUCUGAGAGGUCUGUGCUGUUUAGGUCUCUUGUGAGUACAUUGCGCACUGCUGUUGGUCAUUCUGAUUCCAUGUGAGGAUAAAUAUGUUCCCUAGAAGCCCUAUGUAAAGUAUUUCCUAACCAGCUCUGUUCUUUUGUUAUUACAUUUUAGUUAAUGCUAUGUUUAUCAUCCUACCUUUUGCUUCAAGACUUUGAUUGGCUAUUAUUAGAUGACAUAGCAGCUUUAGGAAAUCUUAAAUAUAAGAAAUGUAUUCAAAAAUAAAAAAGCAAAAGAAAUACAUUUUAACCAUUACGGAUAUUAAUCAUGAUUAAUUCUUAUCCAGUAAGUGCAUUUUAGAUAACACUUAUUUUCACUCAAAUCCGGGAGAAUAUCAGGCAUUUCAAUCUAUUAAGCAAAUAUUGAUGCUGCAAUUUGCAACAUGUAGUUUCAUUUUAUUUUACUCAUUUAUUUCAGAACCCCAAUCUGCAAACUGCUACAGAUAUAGAUGAGUUGGUGCUUGGCAUGGCUUCACAAAUAGCUGAAAAAGAAGAUAACAUAAUGGUGGAAGAUUUAAGAGGUAAUAUGUUCCUGUGGCAGUCCAUGUGUCUUGUUUAUAGAAAUGUACAUAUACAGUAUCCUUUUUAUGACUAGUGUUUUUAUGGCAUGCAUUUUUAAAGGUUUACUCCAAGCACCAUGACCACUUCCUUAUUUUGGAGUGAUUGUGGUGAAUGGAGCCUGUGUCUGCAGUGUGUCAGUUUCGAAAGCUGUACAUACAGAGAUAAAGCAUGUUGCUGCUGUAAGUGUAACUCCACCUCUAGUAGUGUCAUUAGCCAGCUUUAAAUGAGAAUACAUGGCACCACAAGCACAAAAGGGAAUGCUAUCUCCCUUCCCUGGAGGAUGUCAAGCUGCAGUACAUAGUCCUUGGCUCUUCCAAUAAAACAGUGAACUGGCUUGAAUUUAAAUUGAUCACAGUCACAUUAUUAUAAUUUUCUACAUAAUGCCUAAACAAAUAUAGGGUUAAUAUUUGCAUAGGCUAACACUUUAAGGAUUAGAAUAUCAUUUACAGCCAUAUUGUAUGAUAUCCAUCUGAACUUCACCAUGUGUAUAUUUGUUAUGAUUUAAAUAUGUAGACUUGCUUAAAGAUUCCUAUGCUUAAAAAUUUAAGCAUAGGGAUAAGAUAUGAAAGUAAAAUUCAUACUAACUUCUUUUUUUCUCUAGAUUAUUGGUAUGGGAAGAUGCAAUAUUCUCGUACAGAUUUAUCAGCUGCUAGUAUCCAAAGUGGAAGGGAUUUUGGACUACCUAGUUACAAUAAUAUGAUGGAAUUUUAUAGCCUACCGCCCCUCCAGCAAUGGAAAGACAUACAGAACCCAGAAAUUAGAGACCAGGUUGGUACAUAACAUAUGGCUAGAAAAUUAAAAGCUAUCUUUAAAUUGGCUGUGAAAUGACUUUGUAAACAAAGAUUUAGGAAGCAGGUUUUCCCCAUCUGCUGCAGACUCACUGGUGGCUGAUUGGGCCAAUGCAGGACAAACAGAUACGGCCACAGCAGCUGCAAAGGAAAAUCUUGUCUGACUUUGAUGUCACGGUCCUUCCUCUGUUUAUUUAUUCUCAAGAUCUGCCUUGUGCAUUCUUGAAGGAGGAGACAGUAUCACCAAGUCUUGCAUUCAGAGGUUUGAGCAGACCAGGGAUGAUGGUGAAUGUGACAGGCACUAAGGGAUUUCUUCAGAGAGGCCCUGAACCUUUUCUUUGGUGCUCUUCUGUCACAGUGACCAGUGGAGAGUUUGCAAUACAGCACAACAAUGGGUAGGCAAUGAUCUUACAUCCUGGACACUUGCCUUACCCAGCGUAGCUGUGACUUCAGAACCAUAGCCUCGAUGCUGGUGGUCUCUGCCUAUUCGAGGACUUUGAUGUUGGUGAGGAAGUCAUUCUAAUAUGUACUUUAAGAAUUGUGCAAAGGAUGGUGAUAGGUAACCCAUGAUUCAGAGCUGUACAGGAGAGUGGUCAGUACGACAGCUCUGUACACACUGAUCUUUGUGCCUCUCUUCAGAUGCUUGUUUUUACAGACUCUCUUAUACAGUCUGCCGAACACUCUGUUUGACUUUGCCAGUCAGCUAUCCAUCUCUUUGUUGAUCAUGGUGUCUGAAGAGAUAAUGCACCAAAGGUAGAUGAACUGGUGGACUGUCUUCAUGAAGGUAACGGAUGGCAAUCUUCAUGACGUGCAGGCUGGUGGAGGGGAUGAUGGUAAUCUUCAUGAAGUGCAGGCAAGUGGAGGUUUUCUGUCUUCUUCAGGCUGACUUCUAAUCCAAAGAGCUACGCAGCCUCUGCAAAGCAGGAUGCAAUUCUCUGCAAGGAUGUCACUAUGUGGGAAACAAGGGUAGCAUCAUCAGUGAAGACCAGCUCUCUGAUGAGUUGGUCCACCGGUCUUGGUGUGGGCCCUUCGUCACCUCAGGUUAAAUACAUAGUCAUCAGUGUGGUAAUGGGUGCAUGCAUCAUCCUCUUCAACAUAGUCUACAGUGGCCUGAAAUAAACACCUCCGAAAAUAUGAGAAAUGAGGUUCCAAGGUGUUAACAUUCAGAAUCUCCAUAAGACACAAUUAAAUCACACAGAUGAUGAUAAAAUAGUCAUAGUCUCAUAUUUUAGAUGGCUGCCAAGACAUUUUUAAUUGUUGAAUAAGUUUAUCUAUUAUCAACAUCCAGUUUCAAUGUUUUUAACUAGGUUAACCCCUUAACGCCGUUACGGCGUUCUAUGCCGUCGCGGCUUUAAAGGGCUUUAAAGUUGUUGCGGCGGCAUAGAACGACGUAACGGCUUGCAGCCCCAGGGGAUCGCAGCUACUUACCUCCGCUGCGAUCCUCUUCUGGAGGGCUGCCUGACCACCCAGACAGCCCUCCUCUGGCAAGUGAGGCCCCUGGGGGCCAUGUGAUCACUCUCAAAGAGCGAUCACAUGGCCCCCCAUAGCUGGCUGUGGAUCUGCCAGCAGUGGGGCUGUCUGAAAUAUCAGACAGUCCCCCUGCUGGUGUGAAGUAAUAAAAAAAUAAAUAAAAAUAAAUUAAAUUAAAAAUCAAUUAAAAGUAUUUAUAUAUAUAUAUAUAUAUAUAUAUAUAUAUAUAUAUAUUUAUAUUAUAUAUAUAAUAUAUAUACAUAUUAUAUAUAUGUAACGUCAUACGUGGUGUAUUUUAAUACUAAUAUUAGUAUAUAUAUAUUAGUAUUAAAAUACACUUAGAAUGACGUUACAUAUAUACAAUAUGUAUAUAUUAUAUAUAUAAUAGAUAUAUACACAUAUAUUAUAUAUAUAUAUACGUAUAAUUACAAUAAUAAAUAAAUAAAAUAAUAAAAUAAAUAAAUAAAAUAGUGAAACAAAAUUUUAUAUAAAUUAUAAUUUCAUUCUAACUGUAUUUUGUUAUUAAUAUAUAUAUAUUGGUAACAAAAUACACUUAGAAUGGCAUUCUAUAUAUAUCUAUCUAUAUAUAAAAUACAAAUAACCGCAAAUAUAUAUAUAUAUAUAUAUAUAUAUAUAUAUAUAGAUAAAUACAUAUAAUUACAUUAGUAUACACGUAGAAUUUAAAUACCUAUAAAUGCAUAUAUAUUAAAAAGCUACGUGUAUAUUUAAGUAAUCUUUUAACAUAAUUAUGUGAUUUGAUUAAUUAAAAUUUGAUUGACAUGCCUGACAACACAGGGAGAAAGUGCAAAGAAUUUAAUUCGCAAGCACUAUAUUUGACCCUAUAACUCUCCAAGACACCAUAAAACCUGUACAUAGGGGGUACUGUUUUACUUGGGAGACUUCGCUGAACUAAAAUAUUAGUGUUUCAAACUCGUAAAUUGUAUUACAACGAUGAUAUUUUAAAUAAAAGUGAAGUUUUUUGCAUUUUUUACAAACAAACGUCACUUUUAUGGACUAUAUUAUUGUUGUAAUAUGUUUUACUGUUUUAAAACACUAAUAUUUGUGUUUAGUGAAGUCUUCUGAGAAUAACAAUACCCCCUAUGUACAGGUUUUAUUGUGUUUUGGAAAGUUAGAGAGUCACAUAUAAGGCUUGCAUUUCCUUUUUUUGACAUUGAAGUUUGCCAGAUUGGUUAUGUUGCCUUUGAGAACGUAUGGUAGCCCAGGGAUAAGAAUUACCCCCAUGAUGCCAUAACAUUUGCAAAAGAAGACAACCCAAGGUAUUGCAAAUGGGGUAUGUCCAGUCAUUUUUAGUAGCCACUUAGUCACAAACACUGGCCGAAUAUUAGUUUUUUGCUUUUUUCACACAAAAACAAAUAUGAACACUAACUUUGGCCAGUGUUUGUGACUAAGUGGCUACUAAAAAAGACUAAACAUACCCCACGUUCAAUACCUUGGGUUGUCUAAUUUUUCAAAUGGUAUGCCAUUAUGGGGGUAAUUCUCAUUCCUGGGCUACCACACCGUCUCAAAGGUAACAUUACUAAUGUGGCAAAUUUCUAUUUGAAAAUGGAACGUUCUAUAUUUGACCCUGUAACUUUCCAAAACACCAUAAAACCUGUUAAUGAGGGGUACUGUUGUACUCGUGAGACAUCGCUGAUUACAAAUAUGGGCAUUUUUUGUCAGUAAUACCUAAUGGUAUUAUGACAUUAACAGCUAAAAUGUCAGACGGAAAUACAAAUUUAAAAAAAUAUUAUUUUCUCAAUUUUAAAUUUUUUUUAUUCAUAAUAAAUUAUGUUCCAUAUAUGAAUAGUUAAUGAUAAAUUAAAGCCCUGUUUCUCCUGAACAAAAUGAUAUAUAAUAAGUGUGGGUGCACUUAAUGUGACAGAGGUGAAUUACGGGUAAACAGACAUAUAGCGCAAAUUCCAGUCUUUGUUUAUGUUUUGUUUUGAUCAGAACGUGUACUAUUGACUCCGUCCUGAAGGGGUUAAAGAUGUAAACUUGUUUGGUCAUAAACUUGCUUUUCAUAUUGUACAUAAAAGGAAAGAUAUAACUGUGCCAAGUAAAUGGGUUCAUGCUUCCACGUGGUAAUGCUGGGGUCUCAUCAUUCUAUUGCUUACUCGAGAUCCAUAAAAACUAACAACACAGAAAUUGGGACUUUAAGAGGCUAAUUUAGUGAAACUCUAAAAAAUAAAACACCAACUGUCUUUUUUAAGUCACUGUAUUUCUAAAUAGCUGUAUGUUGAUAUGUAUUAAUAUUUUACAGUUAUUAUUUAUUUAUUUAUUUAUAAAAUAUUUUACCAGGAAAGAUACAUUGAGAUUUCUCUCGUUUUCAAGUAUGUCCUGGGUCCACAAAUCAUUGCAUUGUUACAUUAGGUACAACAAAAUACAAAAACAAUAUUAAUACACAAUAUAUACAAAAUUUAACAUAGAACAGGCAGGAAAUAUAUAAUCAAUCAUGACACGUGCAUUCUGUUUUGAGGUAUGUAGAGAGAGAUCUCUUAAAUGACUUUAGGCUUAGGGAAGAUUUUAAAUUGUGCGGGAGGUCGUUCCACAAUUGCGGCGCUCUGUAGGAGAAGGAGGAUCGGGCCGCUUUCUUUUUGUAUUGAGGUAGACUAAGUAAAGUGCUUGUACUGGAUCGGAGGUUAUAGAAAGUGGGAACAGCUGGGGAAAGCAUUUUGUUCAGGUAGGGUGUGAGUUUCCCAUAAAAGCUCUUAAAAGCAAGGCUGGAAAGAUGAAGGGUGCGUCUGGAUUCCAGCGACAGCCAGUUUAGUUCCUUUAGCAUGUCACAAUGAUGGGUCCUGUAAUUACAUUGUAGCACAAAUCGGCAGAACGAGUUAUACAAUGUGUUGAGUUUAUUAACGUGGGAUUGCGAUGCAGACGCAUAUACUACAUCCCCAUAAUCAAUGAUAGUUACUGCUAUAUUGCUCAUCAUUUUGAAAUCAAUAUUUAAUUUAUGUAUUUUUUUUCUUAUUUGUAGCUUUCAUCAUUAUAUAUGAGUAACAUACAAAACUUAGAACUUAUUUCUGGAGUCCUGUCAGAAAUCAAUGGCAGCCUUGGAGAUCUUGUAACCAAUGUCACUCUGAAUCAAUUCUAUCGGAUAAGAGAUGGAGACAGGUUUUGGUUUGAGAAUGAAAAAAAUGGGUAUGUCACAUGUAGCAGUCAUGUGAGGUUUUCAGUGGGCUCCUAGAAUAAACAGUGGAUUUCCAAAAUAUAAAUACUCUAUUUCCAAAUGUAUUAUAUUGAACACCAGGAAAAUUAAGACACUGAUGUGCUCAAAUCCCCCAGAUCCCAAACCAAAAAUGCAUUAUUCUCGCGCAUGCAUGAGAGUACAGCAGUGACCGUGACAGGAACAGAAGAGGACUGGGUGGAAAAGGAUGGUGGUGCCCAUGAGGGAUAGGUUCACGUAUUGUGUUAUUUAAAUGACUAGAAAAGAUUAGUUUGAAUAAUGGCCAUACUAUAAAAACAGCUUCGAGCUAACUGGGAGAAUUAUAAUAAAAACUCUAAUGGAGUGAUUUGUGCAUUAGUUUUUGAACUCAAAAUGAAUAAAUAUUUUGAAAUAUCUCCAUGAUAGAAGUAUAGCUGCAAAGUACAACCUCAUCAUGACAAAAUAUGCCAUAAAUAUAAAUAAGAUUUGCAUGUUUUUACUUGCAGUCUGUGUGUACUUUAUAUUUAAAAAAAUAUUUCUAGCACAUUUGUGAUUUUUUUUAUAGCAUGCUUGGUUACUCCAAGUAGCUUAUUUUUAUUAUUAAUUUAUUAAAUGUAUACAGAUUAUUUACAAGUGAAGAAAUAGCCAUUAUUCGGGCAACAACGUUCCGUGAUGUUCUACUUGCUGUGAUCAAUACAACCAGUAGUGACAUCCAAGACAACGUUUUUAUGUGGAAAGCAGGUGAGAAAAUGUGUUUAUUUUGUCCAAUGCUAAUAAACACUUUUUAAUGUGUUUAAUAUUUGGAUAUAUAUCGGGGGCAAGAGUGAUGUUAAUGUGAAAAAGCUCUGAAAUAUUGUGUUUCUAAAGUAUGUCGUAAGCUCAGAAUUAGGAAUGUUCGAAGAUGGUAGUAUCGCUCCAUUAGUUAUAUUGCUCUCCAUAUAGUGGUUUUGUACUUCGACAAUCGCAGGUAGCUGACGGUGAGUAAGUCCUCACAAAAAAUGCAGGUUUGUCUACCUGUUGCUCAGUUGGCUUCUUGCACUGUUAUUGAGAAAAUGGUGCAGAGUUUAUAAAUUUGCCUGAAAAAGUAGGUGAAUCUGUUUUGUGUUACUCCUCUUACCGGGACAGAUCCAGUAGACAUCUAGUGAUUCUUCGAAUUGCAAAUCCUAUGUCUUGCAUAACUUCAAUGAUUGUUUUUAAACCCAAUACAGAUCCGAAUUACAAAAUAUUACAUAUCACUGCAAGAUGUAAAAAUGCCAGAUCAUUUGUAAGAAUAAUGUUUAACAGUUACCAAAUCUAGCAUUUUAAAGUAUUGCCUUAAAGCCUAUCUUAACAGAGUGUUUUACAACACUUAAUAAAGUAUAAUAAAACUGUAAGCUUGCAGAUUCUUAAAUCAGAAAUCUCUUUUAACGUUAUCUAAAGUGACACAUCUAUUGGUAUGAGGAAAAUAAGCAAUUUAUAUCUCCAACAUUAUAAAUAUCAUGUCAAGAAAUGAGCAUUUUAGAGAUAGCCUGGAGUCUAGUAUUUCAGAGUAAUGUUUGUUAUAACACACACAUUUAACAUUUGUAACAUGUUUCCUAAAACAGGACAAUUGUUUUUCUUUGCUUAAAGGUGACCCAUGUCCUCAACCGAGCCAAUUAAAAUCCGAUGAAUUAGAACCAUGUGUGCCUCUUGUGGUUGCAGACUAUUUUGAAGGAAGUGGUGCUGGCUUUGGGAUUACCAUUGCAUUUCUCUGCAGUUUACCACUAUGUAAGAAAACAUAUUUCAGUAAUCUAAACUAGUAUCCUUUAGAGUCAAGUAAUAUUCCAUGAUGCAAUAGACAUUUGAUCUCUCUAUUUAAGAGUCCAUUCAUAUUCCAUAAGAUUGAUCGAUGAUCGUUGGUGCUCUUUAUGACAUCUAUAAUCAAAACAUUGUACAAGAAUUGAAUUAUAAUUUUUUUAAUUAUAUACGUAGUAUAUGAAGCUACACUGUAGCGGAACGCCAAUAUUAAAUCCACGAAUUCCGCUGGUCCAGAAACGAAUCCACAGUCAAGCGCUGAAAACACCAAGGCAAUAUCCCCAACCUCCCAAUAACCGGACGAGACACAGUUUUGGGAGUCAACUGACAAUCCUUUAAUCGGCACGACAAUUUAUACAAGUCCCCAUGCAAGGGGUUUCCUGAGUCCCUUCCCAGGGGCAUUCCCAGAGGGAACUACAUGGGGGACUUACAGUAUAACAUAUUUCUCCCAUCAGGCACUGCUGCACGAGAGGAAUCAUCCUCCCAGAAUGCACCGUGAAGGGGAUUAUCCCCUCGUGCAGCAGAACCGGCAAUUCAUACAAAAAUACAUAACUUUUAAAAUACACGGUGGAUUUACACGAAUGGGCGUUCGGUAGUUAGCUGGGGUCUGGGCGCAUCAUUCGUGAGAUUGCCGCUCAGAUCCCAUCUAAAAUAACCGAACGCCGCACAGAAAACACAUUUCUUUCCAAACACACGAAAAGAACCGAUUACUUUUAGUGAACCUGGUUCUGAAACUCCCGAACGUCCUGGAGGCUCAGCGGUGUUCGUGCCGUCGAAUAGCUAUUGGUAAUACUAUGCGUUCGACAACACGAACCCGCUGAGGAACAAAGGAUCCAAGAUGGCCGACCGCCGCAUGGUCGGUAGUCGAACGACGGCCACCCAGGAGAGCCUCUAAUUACCGAUUGCAACAUUGUUGCAAUCGGUUAACUAGCGCCACACGCCUCUAAGUGUGUGGGCUAUUAGGGGGUGUCGCGUUCGUUUCACGAACGGCCCUCCAAAGUGCCGUUCGCGAAACGAACGAGAAUCCCCAUACAAACCGCCAUUGGCAUUCGGCGAAACCGGUAAUUACAGUCCCCACAGAAAUACAUCCCGCACAUACAUAGGAAUACAACGCAUAUCUCUCCAGACCUGUAGGCAACCCUUAAAGGCACAGUCUCUAGUUAUUGUCCAAGUGGCUAGGUUUGCCACAAUGCUCCCCCAGAACCAAGCCGGCAUACACAGUCUGAUCCCAGCGGAUCGGCUUGGGGAUGUCCGGAGGAGUGCUCACAGAUCAUUUCUCAAGGUCUGUUUGUCUGGACAACCCGUCGGCAUUACCGUUUUGUUUCCCUGGGCGGUAGUGAAUUGUAAAGUCAAAGGGCUGCAGCGCCAAACUCCAGCGCAGCAGCCUGGCAUUGUCUCCAGCCACACGGUUUAGCCACACCAACGGGUUGUGAUCUGUGAGCAAAGAAAAGGGUUGCCCAUAGAGAUACGGCUGUAACCUUUUCAGGGCCCACACCACGGCCAGGCAUUCCUUUUCUAUGGCGGCGUAGCUCACCUCUCGGGGUAACAGUUUCCGACUCAAGUAUGCUACGGGGUGUUCUCCGCCAUCGGCUCCAACCUGGCUCAGUACUGCUCCCAAUCCAAACAUUGAGGCAUCUGUGUGAACAAGAAAACGUUUAGUUGGAUCAGGAGCAGCCAGUACAGGGGCAUUGGUCAGAGCCGUCUUCAGCUGAUGGAAUGCCUGUUCACACUCUGGGGCCCAGACGACCUGCCGGGGCAGGUUUUUCUUCAUCAAAUCAGUCAGGGGUUUGGCCAGGGCACUGUAGUUGGGUACAAAUUUUCUGUAGUACCCUGCGGUACCUAGGAAAGCCAGGACUUGGGUUUUGGUCCUAGGGGUAGGCCACUGGGCUACAGCUUCAAUCUUUGCGGGCUCAGGCUUCUGCUGCCCGCUACCAACCCGGUGCCCUAAGUACUGGACCUCUGCCAUCCCUAUGUGGCAUUUGCUGGGUUUCAAGGUAAGCCCUGCCUCUCGGAUCCGAUCUAUUACAGCCCCGAUGUGUUGUAGGUGCUCUGACCAGGUCGGACUGUAUAUGGCGAUAUCGUCCAGAUAUGCACACGCAUAGUCCUGGAACCCGUCCAGUAGCCGAUCCACCAUCCGCUGGAAGGUCGCGGGGGCGUUCUUCAUCCCGAAUGGCAUGACUCGAAAUUGGUACAAGCCAAACGGGGUGACAAACGCCGACUUAGGGAUGGCGUCCUCGGCUAGUGGAAUUUGCCAGUAUCCCUUACACAAAUCUAUGGUAGUGAGAUACUGCCCCCUGGCCAUCCUAUCAAGCAGUUCGUCUAUCCGAGGCAUCGGGUAGGCGUCCGACACAGUUUUGUCGUUCAACCUCCGGUAGUCCACGCAGAACCGGGUGGUACCAUCUUUCUUAGGAACCAGGACUACCGGCGAUGCCCAGGGGCUAUCUGAGUGCUCAAUAACCCCCAACUGCAACAUCUCUUCAAUUUCUUUUCUCAUAUGUUCCCGCACGGAUUCGGGAAUCCGAUAGGGCGUCUGUCGCAUGGGAAGCUGUCCCGGGGUUUCUACUCGGUGGGUGGCUAGUGGAGUGUACCCAGGUAGGUUAGAAAAGGCGGCGCCCUUGGUUGCUAUCAGUUCUUGUACCUGGAUACGCUCUUGAGGACUUAGCCGCUCCUCCAGUUGAACCCCCUGGGAGGGUUCCUUCUGCUCCUCCUGCUCCAACAGAUCUGGAAGGGGCAGGUUCUCCUGAUCUUCGGAGGCGGGCGUGCAAAUAGCUGCCACGUCCUCCGUCCGCUCGUGGUAGGGUUUGAGCAUGUUCACAUGGAGCAUGUGUCUCUUCCCUACUCCUGAGCAUGGGCCGAUCACAUAGGUGGUAUCGCAUCUCUGCUCUACCACCUGGUAUGGGCCCUGCCAGACGGCCUGUAGUUUAUCGGUGCGGACAGGUUUAAGGAUUAGUACCUUCUGUCCCACUUGAAAACUACGGUCUCUGGCCCCCCUGUCAUACCAACGACGCUGUCGUUGUUGGGCGGCCUGGAGGUUGGUGCGCACUGCCUGGGUCAAUUCCUCCAGGUGGUCCCGGAACGCCAGCACGUAGGGUACAAUUGGGGUCCCAUCUGCGCUACUCUCUCCCUCCCAAUGCUCUCUAAUGAGAUCCAACGGCCCCCGGACCCUUCUCCCAAAUAAUAGCUCAAAUGGGGAGAAACCUGUGGACUCUUGGGGCACCUCUCUGUAGGCAAACAACAGAUGGGGAAGAAAUCGUUCCCAGUCCUUAUGGGUCUCUCCGAAUGUCCGGAGCAUCUGUUUUAGGGUACCGUUGAAUCUCUCACAUAAUCCAUUGGAUUGCGGGUGGUAUGCGGAGUUAAUGAUCGGCUUAAUGCCACAUAUCUUCCAUAACUGCUGAGUAACCUCAGCCGUGAAUUGGGUCCCCCUAUCGGAGACCAUUUCCUGUGGGAACCCUACUCGGGAGAAUAUCUUCAUCAAGGCUUCGGCUACGGUCUCCGCGUGAAUAUUCGUUAGGGCAAUCGCCUCGGGGUACCGGGUGGCGUAAUCCACCACGGUUAGGAUAUACCGUUUCCCAGCGGGGCUGGGUUUUGGUAGUGGCCCUACUAUAUCCACUGCUACACGGCUGAACGGUUCCUCAAUGAUAGGUAGGGGACACAGUUUCGCCUUGUGGCGGUCCCCCCUCUUGCCUACCCUCUGGCACACAUCACAGGAGGUACAAUAUUGUCUCACAUCUUUAGAAAUCCCGGGCCAAAAGAAAGCGUGCGUUAACCGAUACCGGGUCCGGGUCAUCCCUAGAUGACCGGACAGAGGGAUAUCAUGGGCGAUUCUUAGUAAUUCCUGCCUAUACUUCUGGGGCACUACUAGCUGCUUAGUUUGGAGCGUCACAGAGUUGCCUAUUGCCCUUUCCGCCACCCGGUAUAGUAACUUCUUCUCCCACCUGUACUGUUCUCCCUCCCGCCCCACCUGGUCCGUAUCUACCCUAUCCCGGUAUACCUGCAGUGUGGGGUCGGUCUGCACCUCUACUUCAAACGUGGACGGGGUGUCCCAAGUCAUGUCUGUCAAGGGGGGGUCAUGAUUUCUUACCUGAGCCUCAGAGUGUGCGGGGAAUGCCGUGGUGCGAGCCUGUUGCCGGGUGGUUACCGGAUGCGCCUCUUGUGACGGGGCCUGGGGUAGAAAAGCAGAAGUCAUCUGGCCCAAGUCAUUCCCCAAAACAACAUCGGCCGGUAGUUUUUUCAUUAUGGCCACUUCCACAACCCCCUCCCCAGCACCCCAAUUCAAAUGCACCUUGGCCGUGGGUAACCGGUACAUGGCUCCCCCUGCUACCCGGACUGCCACUGAUCCGCCAGUGUGGGCCGUAUCUGGAAUUAAAUGGGGGGCCACUAAGGUUAAGGUGGCUCCCGAGUCCCGCAGCCCCUGCACUUCUUUCCCUCCUACAAAUACAACUUGGCGGUGAUGCUGCCGGUUGUCCGUGGCUUGCACAGACAUUACCUCGUACAGAACCCCCAAUGGUUCCUCGGUUGGUAUACUUGUCAGCUCCGAAUGGUCAGGUUCUGCGUGGUAGAAAUGGGCCGCCGCCCUGGGAACGGAAUUCUGCCGUACCUGGUUCCACGCCUGCCUGCUACGAUUCUGGGUGCACUCCCGGGACAUAUGCCCCCACUGCCGGCAGGUAUGGCAUUGUAUGUUGGCCCUGCCGUUGUAGCGGGCUGGCGGUGGGGGGUUUCCUGGUGGUGGCCUGAACGGGGUAGAGUUGGCGGGUGUGGAGCUGGUUGGGUGGUGUUGUAUUGGCGGUCUUAGGGGACCCCUGUUGGUGAGCCCGUGGUGUCUCCGGGCAUCAAAGUGUUCGUCUGCCAAUCGGGCGGCUGCUGUGAGGGUGAGAGGUUUUCGGUCCCUUACCCACUCCUGUGCCUCUGGUGACAGACCAUUGAAGAAUUGCUCCAGCAAGAUGAGUUGGCGCAGUUCCUCCAUAGUGGUGGCUUGACUUGCCUGAAUCCACCCUUGGGAAGCUUGGUCCAGCUUAUGCGCCCAUUCUGCGUGGGAAUCUCUUUCGGGCUUUUUCAAUCCCCGAAUUUUCCGUCGGUAUGCCUCCGGGGUUAUGGCAUAUCUUUCUAGGAUGGCUCUUUUUACUUUAAAAUAGUCCUUGCUGUCCUCUCUGGGCACAGCGCGGUAAGCCUCUGCUGCUCGUCCCGCCAACUUGCCUGCCAGUAAGGGUACCCACAUUGUCGGUUCCAGAUCGUGCAGGUCGCAUAGCCUCUCGAAAUCCUGCAGAUAUCCGUCUAUCUCAUCUUUCUCCUCGCAGAAUGCUUUAAAUGCCUGGUACGGUAUUUUCUGCUUUGUUGGAGGGCAGAAUGAGUUGACGAUGGAUUCCGCCCUGGAUGGUGACCUCUGGGGUUGCUGUGCCAUAAUGUAGUCCUGUACGUCGGCCAUUAGCACGGUUAAGAUGUCCAGGGUUACUGGCUGUGGUACAAAUUCCAGCCGGGUUCUCAGUUCCCUCUGGUAUGGUGUUUCCUCUCUGGCAGGUGGGGGUGGACUGCUGUGUGCUUGGUCGUCCUCCAUUAGCUCUGCAAUCAGUACUGCCUUCGAUUUGUUGCUAGCGAUUUUCCCUCUAGCCUCCAGCAGCUCCUUUAGCGUCUGUCUCUUUAACGCCGUAUAAUCAGUACCCAUUCACUGAUCGCUUUCGUCUGCUUGUUUCAUACGAAUUGCCUUUCCGUUCGGUUGUUCCUUUCAUUCGAAUGCGCUGUAUUCGGCUGUAGAGUUGGAUCCCACCGCUGCCACCAAUUGUAGCGGAACGCCAAUAUUAAAUCCACGAAUUCCGCUGGUCCAGAAACGAAACCACAGUCAAGCGCUGAAAACACCAAGGCAAUAUCCCCAACCUCCCAAUAACCGGACGAGACACAGUUUUGGGAGUCAACUGACAAUCCUUUAAUCGGCACGACAAUUUAUACAAGUCCCCAUGCAAGGGGUUUCCUGAGUCCCUUCCCAGGGGCAUUCCCAGAGGGAACUACAUGGGGGACUUACAGUAUAACAUAUUUCUCCCAUCAGGCACUGCUGCACGAGAGGAAUCAUCCUCCCAGAAUGCACCGUGAAGGGGAUUAUCCCCUCGUGCAGCAGAACCGGCAAUUCAUACAAAAAUACAUAACUUUUAAAAUACACGGUGGAUUUACACGAAUGGGCGUUCGGUAGUUAGCUGGGGUCUGGGCGCAUCAUUCGUGAGAUUGCCGCUCAGAUCCCAUCUAAAAUAACCGAACGCCGCACAGAAAACACAUUUCUUUCCAAACACACGAAAAGAACCGAUUACUUUUAGUGAACCUGGUUCUGAAACUCCCGAACGUCCUGGAGGCUCAGCGGUGUUCGUGCCGUCGAAUAGCUAUUGGUAAUACUAUGCGUUCGACAACACGAACCCGCUGAGGAACAAAGGAUCCAAGAUGGCCGACCGCCGCAUGGUCGGUAGUCAAACGACGGCCACCCAGGAGAGCCUCUAAUUACCGAUUGCAACAUUGUUGCAAUCGGUUAACUAGCGCCACACGCCUCUAAGUGUGUGGGCUAUUAGGGGGUGUCGCGUUCGUUUCACGAACGGCCCUCCAAAGUGCCGUUCGCGAAACGAACGAGAAUCCCCAUACAAACCGCCAUUGGCAUUCGGCGAAACCGGUAAUUACAGUCCCCACAGAAAUACAUCCCGCACAUACAUAGGAAUACAACGCAUAUCUCUCCAGACCUGUAGGCAACCCUUAAAGGCACAGUCUCUAGUUAUUGUCCAAGUGGCUAGGUUUGCCACAUACACCAUUGACUGAAAUGAAUCAAGUCAAAUGUAUGUGACUUGGAAAUAGUAGGAGAAAAAUAUUAGGAUAUUUCAAAUAUGUUUUAAAUGUGAAUGAAAUGAUUUAUUUAUUUGUGUCCAUGUAGUCUUUUGAAUUCAUAAGAGUUCAUAGCUAGCUAAUACUCUGAAAUAAUAUAUUACUUCUAUCAUUUUAGUGAGUUUUCUUCUUGCCUAUGUAAUUUCAAAGUCUCAGAAGAGGACCUUCAGAAAAUUUCAAAAGAAAAUAAACAGCAGAGAUGUCAGAAAUGCAAGUAGCAGAGAAGGAUUUCCAGGUAUUUAAAUUCAUUUUUAAUGACUUUUGUUGUCACUAGAACAAACAUUUAUUGUAAAGGCUUCUUACAGCUCUGCUUGCACUGCACUUUUUGAAGUGUCCCUUGAAGUAGGUAACCAGAAAAAAAAAAAAAGAUUUCUAAAUCAAUUUAAGCAGUUUUUGUGUAUAGACAAUGCCCCUGGCAUUUCACUGCUCAAUUCUAUGCCCUAUACGAGUUAAAUCACAUUUGUUUCAGUUUAUUCAGCCCUAGCCACACCUUCUCUGGCUGUGACUGAAAUAGACUGCAUGAAAACAAAAUGGUUUCACUUUCAAUCAGAUGUAACUUACUUUAAAAGUUUCUUAUCUCCUGCUCUUUUAAUUGAACUUUAAUUACAUGCAGGAGACUCCUGCAGGGCCUAGCAAGCUAUUAAUAGAGCAAGAGAUAACAAAUUAAACAUAAUUUGCCACAAAGGAAGUGCAAACAUUAGAUGACUCUUUAUAGGAAGUGUUUAGGAAGGCUGUGUUAGUCACUUGCAGAGAGGCGUGCCUAGGCAGAUAAUAGAGCAGUAAGAUUUAAGGGGAUUGACCUAUACACCAAAUAAUGCUUCAUUAAGCUAAAUUUGUUUUGGUGACUAUAAUGUGGUUUUAAUAUUAUAAUAUAUAUAUUAUCACAUUUACCAAGUGUUGAAUACUGAAAAAGUCCUAAACGAAAAAUCGGACAAUAUGACCAAUAGGUGAACUGUUGUGUGUGAUUUAAAAGAAAUAAUGCAAUGUCUUGCUCCCUGUAUUUAUGCACUGCACCAUAAAACAUACUUAUUCAGGCAUGGCUUUGAGACAUAAUGCAGGAUCAGGGCUGCAGCCUCUGUAUUCCAGUUCAGAUAUCAAGAUUUACUGAAUAGGAAAAGAUAAUACAUAUAAAUAGUGAAGUCCCGAACGGUUCGCGAACGGUUCGCCACGGACUCAUCAUUGAGUAAACUUUGACCCUGUACUUCACAGUCAGCAGACACAUUCCAGCCAAUCAGCAGCAGACUCUCCCUCCCAGACCCUGCCACCUCGUGGACAGCAUCCAUUUUGAAGUUGCAUUCUUAGUGAGCUGUCCAGGAGGUGAGAGGGUCUGGGAGGGAGGGUCUGCUGCUGAUUGGCUGGAAUGUGUCUGCUGACUGUGAGGUACAGGGUCAAAGUUUACUCAAUGAUGAGUCCGUGGCGAACCGUUCGUGGCGAACCGUUCCUGGCGAACAGUUCGCGAACCGUUAGGCGAACCGUUCGGGACAUCACUACAUAUAAACAAUGUAGACAGUUUAUUAUCAUUAUCUGCUCAUAUUAUUAUUAUAAUAAAGCAUUACCACAGUGUCAAGUAGGCCACGAGGACCUCAGUUAAACAUUCUCUGCACCUUACUCCCAAUCUUCUGCAUGACUGUGGCUGCUUCGUAGAUGCUGUAAAUGUAUUGAUUUAUUUAAAAUAUUUUUUCUCUCUUUCUUCAAUCACCACCCCACAAGAGAAGCUCAUUGUAGGCAUUUCUGUAAUGUUAGUUAUAAAGGUUUUAUGUUUUAUACAGCAUUUUUUACAAUACAUAAACUGUUUACUAAUGAACUGUGUAAGAGUUUGUUAUAGGAAACUGCUAAAAUAUAUUCCUUCUUUCAUAGCCACUGAAUGGUAUGGCCCCGGGGAAUCAAAUCAACAAGUUUUGAUUCAGUUCCUCCCAAAUCGAAAACUUAAUGUUUUAGGUAACAGCCAUACUAAGGCCAGAUCCAUCAGCUUACAAAGCCAGCAGAAAGUGGAGGUUCUCUUGUCCAACAAUGAUGGAAACAAAGCUCUUUGUCUCAAGAUUCCAAAAGAAUAUGAUUUGGUAAGAAAUUCCUAUGUGUUGGAUGUGUUUUUUUCCAUAACAUUUGGUAAAUCCAACAUUAAGUGGAGCUGAGAUUUUAGAGAUUCAUUCUUUACGUGAGCUGCAAAGUAUCCGCGUCUUAAAAUAUAUUCCUAUCCUAUGACAAUGAGGGUGUUCAUUUAUCACAACUCACUUUUUGAAAUAGUCAUCAAGGUAAACAAUGCAUUUUCUUUAAGGUAACUUACCUUAAUAGGGUAUGUACAUACCAUCUCUUUCUAUUCUUUACCACAUCUGAUUUCAUGAGAAAGCAAUUUAUAAAUACGAUUCACCCCUGGAUGGUAUACUAUGAUUUUUAAGGCCUGGCUAGUAGCAUAAUACUACACAUUUUAAGCUCAGAUACUAUUAGGUAUUGGUUCCAACCAAAUAUUUUGUCAUUCAUACACUGAAGAUAGAGCCAGUAUCUUAUAGAACAAGUUCCUGUUUGCCUGAUUUGAAAUAUGAAAUAAAUAUUUUUCAAAAAAUAAGAAGGCAAACACAUCCGAGUACCAUAAAAACAUUAAUGAAAUACCAUAUAUUUCAUCCUACUUUUAAAUUACAUCUUAUGAGCAUACCAUUUAUUACACUUCCUCUUACAACUUACAGUAAUACAUCCUUAUUACUUUAUUACACCCGAGCAUAAUCAAAGCUUAUUGUAUUCUAUAUCUUUAUCAACCCUAGUACAUUUCCUCCUUUAAAUGUACCAAACCAAUAUUGUGCUGUAUUCUACAGCAAUCACAUUCACACUUCUUUCUAUAACUAUAUAAUGUUGUUAUCACAAUGUAUCCAACAGCUAAGUCAUAUUUUUCUUCUUUUAUAAUGUUAUCAUUCUCUUGGCAUGCUGUUUUUUUUUAGAGAUACCACAUAGUUCACCAUGGUAUUAUUUACGUAUUUCCUCUCUUUUGUGGGGAGGGGGGCAAAAGCCAGAUAUUAGACAGCCUUUUUUUAAAAAAAAAAUUCUUAUAACACUGGUAAUAUUAUUUUUAUCUUGAUAUAUUGCUCACUUUGAUGCAAGACUAUCACAUAGGGUUGUUUUCUAAACCAUACAUUGUUGGGAAUGUUAAUGCAUUGAUACUUCCUGCAAAGAUCAUUGUUUAUUUUUUUCAUUGUAUAGCCAAAUUGCUAUAAUGGUUGCCUCAUAUUUAUAACACAAGUACUUUGCACGAAGCAUAUAGGAAAAUGCUGAAUUCUUCGUAAUACAUAAAAUAUAAAAGAUCAAUGAUAACCUUAUCAAUGAACUAAUAUGACAGUAAAAUCCUAUCUAGAUAAAUGAAGGUACACAAAUAAAACAUACAAUCAGGAAGCCGAAAAGCAAUAAUUUUUCCUUUUUCCUUGUUUAAAUAUCCGUAAAGAUGUAAAUAAAUAAAUAUGCAAAUGUUUUAAUAGUAAAACCAAGUGCUGAUUUGCCAAUCAUAACUGAACCAGUCGACCUUGUUACAAUGCAUACAACAUAAUCCUUGAUCCAUAUUAAUGUUUAACUAUUUUCUCAUGUUUAAGGUGCUCUUUUUCAACAACAAAGAAGAGCGAACUAACUUCAUACAGAAAUUUAAAGAAUUGCUUGAUGGGAGCGGAGUCACCCCAUCUUUUUCUGAAUUAAAGGAAAAAUCUCUCCUGAGAUCAUCUUUUUCAAAAAAGGAGAGGCAUGAAAUGUUGGAGACCUUCUUCAGACAUUCUCUGUCUCACGUGAGAAAUUUUUAUUUUUAUUUCUAUAGUCCACUUGUAGAUAGAGACAUUGGAGAAUACAAUCUCAAAAAAAAAUCCCACUGUUAUUUUAUAGCCACUUGCUGUGUUCAGCACAGCACAUAGCUUUCGUUAAUACCAUGUAGUGCUCACUAAAUGUAUCCAUUCUAUAGACCGGAGUACUGAAGCAUAACUAAAAGUUUUAUUUCUUUAUUGUGGGCCAUGUGCCAACAUAAUUGCUGUAGUAGACAACUGCGAAUGAAAAUGUAGAUGUGUAAGCAUGGACAGUAUUGUGUAACAAAAUUAACAAGAACAUUUAUCCUGUAUGGCAAUAAAUGAUGGGAAGAGUUACUAUAAUAGCACAACCCAGUAAUCACACAUUAUGCCCGGGAUGAAACAGAUUAAGAUUCAGUACUAAUUAUAAGGUCACUGGAACAUCAGUUUUGCCAAGUUUCACCACAGUCAUCUGCAUCUCUCUGUCCUGUUUUUAGAACUUACACAUACCAUAUGACAUAGACAGCCAUACGUCAUCUAGCCAUUUAUUCAUUUAAGCAACCUAUGGUUUUAAACAUUAAAAGGGCUCAUCAAUUGUAUUCCCAUAAUGAAGAGCCCCUGUUCUGUAUCUCUGCAGACACAGGUUACAGUCUCUUCUGCCUCUGUGGUCUAGUUUAUCUAAAUGAGUAAGAGUCAUUCGGCCUACCAUAGUUCACUGAUUCUUUACAGUGCAUUAGGUCACCUAAGAGGAGAGGCAUAAGGUGUUUAUUGUCUGCAGAGGAGACAUGUACCAUGUGCUUCCUGAUAUUCUUACCUUUGGUAAGACCCAGACAAUAUUGUCUCUGGUGUAGCAAUAGGUCAAUCUGUGAUUAUCUCUGAUAAUUAUCUUUUAAAUUACCUUGUUUUACUUUACUUUAUGUGCAAACAGUAUUUUUCAGAAUAUGUGACAUCAAAAAUAUUAAAAUAGGUUUCCAAAUUUUACAUAUAUUUUAGAAAUGUUGAAUUUAUAACUCCCCCCCCCCCCACAGCUGCAUUAAAAUGGUUGAGUUAAUAAGCCAUAAGCCAAUACAAAGAUUUAAAUAUAUGUGAAUUUAAAAGAUAAAGAAUACAUGAAUGUUUAUCAAUCAAGACCACACAUGAAGAGCUUUCUAUUCUAGCGAGUGUUGCAAAAAUGUAAAAAUGUUAAAGGGCGAGAGUUACCAAUGGAAUGUGCCUGUUCACUGGUUUCCAUGGUGAUCAGGGCCGUCCUUAGGCCUUCAGGCGCCCUGUGCGAAAAAUCUUAACAGCCCCCCCCCCCCCACCAUCCAUGUGUAUAGGGGAUUUAUUAAAUGAAAAUUUAACAAUUAACAAAUAUUUAUCACCUCUUCCCUGUCAUUACCUUGCAUGGAUGGAGGGCAUGCUGAUCUCUGGUGAUACAGUUUGCUGGGAAUAUGGUCGGUGCCUUCACUGGGUGCAGACCAUCAGCAACUGUCUCCUGAGCUCAGGCACUUACAGUAUCAGAGCUUUCCUGUGGUAAUCCGCGGCAACGUUCUGAUUGGCCGGAACUCGGAAGACAGCUACAUUUAUCAUGUGUGUGUCAGACGUGAUUGUGUGAUGUGUUCUCUGUGUGCCAUAUUUGUAAUGGGUGUAUUGACUGUGUCUGAUAUGUGUGUGUAUUGACCGUGUGUGAUUUUUGUUCACUAUAGCAGUAGAUAGGGGGAGCAGGGGCACUGGGGUAGAUGUGGGAGCAAUGCACUAUAGCAGUAGAUAAGGGGAGCAGUGUCACUAGGGUAGACAGGGAACAAUGGCAAUAUAGGGGGAGCAUGGGCACAAUAGGGAUAGAUAAGGAGCAUGGGCACUAUAGGGGUAGAUGGAGGGAUCAGGUACACUAUAGGGGUAAAUGGGGAGCAGGGGUGCUAUAGGGGUAGAUCGAGGAGCAGGGGCACUAUAGAGGUAGAUAGGGGGAACUAUAGAGAUAGAUGGGGAACAUGGGUACUAUAGGGGGAGCAGGGGCACUAUAGGAGUAGAGGGGGCACUAUAGGGGUAGAGGGGGGCACUAUAGGGAUAGAUGGGGAACAGGUGUACUAUAGGGGGAGCAGGGGCACUAUAGGGGUAGAGGGGGAACAGGGGUACUAUAGUGGGAGCAGGGGCACUGUAGGGAUAGAUGGGAACAGGGGUACUAUAGGUGUAGAUGGGGGCACUAUAGGGAUAGAUGGGGAACAGGGGUACUAUAGUGGGAGCAGGGGCACUGUAGGGAUAGAUGGGAACAGGGGUACUAUAAGGGGAGCAGGGGCACUAUAGGUGUAGAUGGGGGCACUAUAGGGAUAGAUGGGGAACAGGGGUACUAUAAGGGGAGUAGGGGCACUAUAGGGGUAGAGGCAGGCAUUAUAGGGAUAGAUGGGGAACAGGGGUACUAUAAGGGGAGCAGGGGCACUAUAGGUGUAGAUGGGGGCACUAUAGGGGUAGAGGGGGCACUAUAGGUAUAUAUGGGGAACAGGGGUACUAUAGGGGAAGAGGGGGGCACUAAAGGGAUACAUUGGGAACAGGGUUACUAUAGGGGUAGAGGGGGGCACUAUAGAGAUAGAUGGGGAACAGGGUUACUAUAGGGGUAGAGGGUGCACUAUAGGGGAAGAGGGGGGCACUAUAGGGAUAGAUGGGGAACAGGGGUACUAUAGGGGGAGCAGGGGCACUAUGGUCUCACUUACCAGGCAGCAGAUUCAGGCCUCGGUUAGCUCCACCCCCGCCGACCACUUGGCUCCGCCCCCAUCGGCUGCUUGGCUCCGCCUCCUACAGUCUCUUUCGCUGCUAAGCCCUGGUAGAGGGCAGGGGGUGUGCAAGCUGUGUCAGCCAUAGGGCGCCCCCUGCUGCCAUGGCGCCCUGUGCGGCCGCACAGCUCGCACACCCCUAAGGCCGGCCCUGAUGGUGAUUUAGUACUUUAGACAAAUUUUACUUAAAAAAUGCAUUGUUAUACAAUUGUGAGGGGAUCAGUAUGUAGGAGGAAUGUGUUUUUAAACCAAAGUUGUAAAUCAGAUUUCCCAUAGAUAAAAAAAAACCACGUGAGUGUAGAAUACUCCAACACUUUAAGCACUGCACAUAUGAAUAAAGUACAUGUAUUUACUGACAAAAAACUAUUUUUUUUUAAAUGUGGGGAACGUUAGAGACAGGUAUCUCAAACAAAACUUUCAGUUAGUUAGAGUGUCCAUGAAACUGACUUUCUAUUCAGAGAGCAUCAUCCGUAUAUUCAUGGAGAAUCAGGCACUUCCGCACUCUGACCUCAUUAUCUGUGAAAGUGAAUAUCUUUGGAUAGGAUCUUCCCAUAAUAUGUGGUCAAUCAGGUACCUCCCUACUCCCAUACUUAUAAUCACAAGGAAGACUUUCUCAACCAGUAAGAAACUCCAGCGAACGUGUGAUCAAGCAGUACCUUAUACAAACCAAUUCACUGUAACAGGUAUAUUCACUUUGCAAGGAAAUAAUUAAAGCAUUGCAUCUCUACCUUGUCUGUGUGAUGGUGAUGUAAGGCAUCACCUCAGAAACCAGAUUAGCAUGUUUCAGUGUGGUAAAUUCCUAUACAUCAUUUCUAAGAAUCAAAUGUCAACAUUUCACUACUCGUAUCGUCCCAGAUAGGUGACUAUUAUAAUCUUUACUGCUACUAUUAAAAGAUAAAUUAUGGCUAUCAAACCACCUAUAACUACUAUUUAAUGUGCAUAUUCACUCUACAUUUGACGAUUAUUUCAGAUUUUGACAGUUGAAUAUAUACUGAAUUUAUGUGACUGUCUACAGCAGGGCUAAGCAACCUUCGGCACUCCAGAUGUUGUGGACUACAUCCCCCAUAACGUUCUUACACCCAUAAUGCUGGCAAAGCAUCAUGGGAGGUGUAGUCCAAAACAUCUGCAGUGCCAAAGGUUGCCUACAGUAUAACCCAGGUGUUUUCAGUCAGUUAUUCUGACAGUGUGAAUAGUGUGAGAAUCACUGUAAGAGCUGGUGCUUGGCCAGGCUAGCCAUUUCCUCCUAUACCAUUGUGCUCAGCAAGUGUAUUGUGGUUUACAAACCAUAGCCAGAUGUCCAUUCUCAUUGCUCUACUAUGCAGUCUUGCUGAUGAUUGCAUUGUUUGUAAGAGAACCCACUGUGCCCAGUGAGUGUACCAUGUCGUAAAAUUAAUAGUUGCAUUCCCUCUGUCACUGAUUACUACUUGCUCUUGAUUACUUUGCUUGUCUGAGAACCCAGCAAGAAUGCACUAGUUAACCAGGCUGUACAAUACAUAGUAACAAUGCUACAUUGCUGAAAUGAGCAAAAUUAGCAAAGUUAAUAAUACUGCUCCCCUCAUUUCCACUUGCCUUUAUUUAUGUAUAUUAUCUUUUCUUCCUUUUGCUGGAUCUCAAGCCGGGUACUCCAUUUUGUUCUCUGUCUGCAGUUGUCUGUGGGAUUCAUUUUGACCAAUGGCACGAUAGUAUGAUUGUGGGUAAAUAAGUGGGUAAAGCUACACCCAUUAUCAAAAAUUGUGUUCCCUCAUAAUAAAAGUAUUUUAACUUACGUAUAACUAAAAAACCAAAGUGAAUGUAAAAAAAAAAAAAACAUAAAAACAAAAAGAACUAGAAUACAACAUUUAAUAAAAAGCAUUGCCGGCAAAGUAACAGAACUGUAAUUAUGUAAUUAAUGUAAUUAUUUAGAAAAAUUACAAGACCGGCAAAUUUUUAACCAAUUUAAUUUUUAGUUUUUUCCACUUUUCUUGCUUUAAAUAAAAAAAUAAGGCCUCAGUUUAAUUUUGUUUGAUAAGAUUUUCAAAUGACUACGAUCUGUUAUAAUAACGUUUCAAUUUAUGAAUCUGCAUACAUGCCCAUAGACUCUAAUGAUGACUUAUGUAGAUCAUUAAUUUAAAAAUAUGUUUUUCUGGCAGAUUGUGAUAAUUUGAAAAGCUUCUCCAAAGCAAUUUUAUUAAGGCCUAUAUUAGUAGAUAGCAGACGUUCUAAUGUUCUAAAUUUGACAAUAUAUGAUUAUGCAGGUACUUGACAUUCAGAAGGCGGAUGCAGGUGAACUACAUACAAAGGAUAUCAAUUUACUAAAGUUCGAGAUAUCCAGAGAAGAAUUGUCAGAAUUACUGGGGCUUGAUCACCAUGCCAGCUUUGUAGAUUCCAUGUUUUCAGCGGCUGACAAAAACAAGAAUGGAUUUUUGUCUUUUAAAGAAUUCUGCAAUAUAUUGGCUAAGUUAUUAAAAGGUAUGUCAAAAAUAGAAUCCAGAAUGACAGAGGCCUUUUUUUAAACAAAAUUAAGCUUUUCCCUCUGUGUAAACAAAAAUCUCAUCCGAUACAACAACAAAGUUAACAUUAAAAAAAUAAAAGGUGUUCCUGUGUAGCUCCUCCCCAGCUUCUGCUUUGUGGAUAGAAGUCAAGACAAAAUUAGGUUGGUAGAUCCCGUGACUCACAUUGAAACAGGAAGAAGCUACAAUUUCUUUUUCCAGUGGGAAUGGGUUUCUGGUAUAUCUUAGUAUCCAGAAAAGGCUUCCCUAAUGUGUAUGGGUUGUAAUUGAUCUAAUGUGGUUAACCUUACCUUCUCCCGAAAUAAUUUCUGGAAGACAUAAUGUAUCAAUAUGGACAACUGCAUAAGCAGAAGGAACCUAAAUAUUCAAAUCGCAUCACUUGUGUUCUGUGUUUUCUGCAUGAUGCUUUUUCAGAACUAUGUGUAUUUUUCUCAUCUAUUGUGUCCUGUUUAUAUGUUCUACUUUUAACUCCUUUUAACUACUUUUAAGUAUUACUGCAGGAUGAAAAAUUGUAAGUACACAGUUUUGUUUUUGUUUUUGAAGGUACUGCUGAAGAGAAAUUGCAAUUUAUGUUCUCCAUGCAUGAUAAAAAUGGAAAUGGCAUACUGACUAAGGCAGAAUUUUCCAAAAUGCUUAGGUAUGUUUUACAUGUGGACAUAAAGGCAUGGCACACAUCCUAAUGUAACUAAGGAAGAACACUUAAUUAUUCAAGAGAAUGGUUAAAGAAGUGUAAUAUAUAUAUAUAUAUAUAUAUAUAUAUAUAUAUAUAUAUAUAUAUAAUCAAUGUUUUUAAAUUCUACACAUUUUUAUUUUCAAAAAUGAAUACAAUAAAAAUCAAUAAACUCUUAAAUGAAUUUCUGCUACCAUUAUAUUUUUUUAAACACCUAAUACUUUUAAACAUACAUAAGUAAAAUGGUAAAAAAAUUUUUUUCAAAAUGUAAUGAUAGCAACUAAUAUUAAAACAGUAUUAUGGUUUUGAAAUUAAUGAUAAUGAUGCAUCAUUAUUAUUUAUGGGAAAUUACAAAAAAACUAAACAACGUUUUGACUUGUUCUCCUAUUCAGCUCAUGAAACGCAGGGCUUUUUAAAAUGCAAAUACAGACAUAUGGAUACAUAUCUGUCUAUAUACCUAUUGACAGACAGUCAGGUAGAUGAGUAUUUGUUCUAAAUUAUACAGUUCAAUUUUCAAGUAAAAAAAAAUGUUCUGAAUCUAUACAGGCACACUCAUAUUUAGGCCAAGCAAGAGAACCAUGUUUUUUUCACAAAUUAAAAGUACUCAAGAUUACGUCAUUAGCUAGCGCAUGCAUAUACAAUAGUUUACCACUAUUCUCUUUUACAGAUCCUUCAGUGAAGUAUCCAAUUUCCUAUCAAAAGAUCAAACUGAAAAUGUAAUAGAGAGCAUGUUCACUGAGGCUGGGAUUUCAUCAGAGCAAGAGAUUACCUGGAAGGAUUUUUACGCCGUAUUUAGGGAUCAUGCAAAUAUACUGAAUUCUACAACUAUUCUUCCCAAAGGUUAGAAUUUAUCAUCAAAUAAAAUGAAAUUUGUGCCACCUGCAUUCUCAUAUAUGGUAUUACAUAUUCCACUCAGCUAUAUUAUUUAAAAUGGUGUAGACUAAAUAUAUUAUAUAAAAUGUAAAAAAAAAUUCGAAAUAUAUAAAAGAACUAAACAUUUUGAUCGCCACUCCUUCAAAAAAUAUUUGAAAACGUACUUCUUUAGAAAACACUGUGAACAGCUUCCCCUCCCCGCACCCUAAUUCAUCUCCUAAAACUGUCAUCAAAACAAAACACUAAGCCCUCAAUGAACACUAUCUUAGCAACCUAUUUUUCUACCAUACCCUUAUCUUCUGUGUCACUAUACCGCACUCCCUCUAGCAUGUGUCCAACUCGUCUGGUUACAAAUAGUUGUCUGUUAGUCCACCCAUUAUACAGCGCUACGGAACUUGUUGGUGCUUUAUAAAUAAUAUUAAUAAUCAAAAUGGCCAUUUCUCAAUGCUGCAACAGUGAACUAUCAGUGUUUUUUUAUUAUAUUAAAAUUGCAUAUUUCUUAAGAAGUACCCCCCCAUUCUCCAAUUGGUUCCCAUUCAAAUCAAGCUGCUUCUUUAAAAGUAUGCAUAUAUUAAUUAUAAUUAAAUAAGCUGUUAUAUAUCUCAUGCAGAGAACCCCUGCCUAGAAUUAUAAAAUACUCAUGGGUAGCAGUGUGGCUACUCAUAUCAGUUUCUUCUGCAAUGAUACGAGUUAGCUGAACCUUAUUCAAGGUCUACUAAGUAGGAAAUAAACAUAAGGCAGGUUGAAAUUUUUAAUUGAUUGAAUUUAACCAGGAAUUUAUUGCCACAAUUAGAUACUAUUUACUGUCCUAUACCUGCCAACGUAAUUCAAGUUCAUUCUUGAACUGUUAGCCUACGGGAAAUCUAAAAAAAAACAACCAGCCACAGCAAUUAGUUGUCAUGCAUGAUAAUUACAAUAGAUAAUAUUCAUGCAACAAGACUGUCUAGAAUUUCCUACUGCAUUUCCUCAUUCAUUAAUGGGCUAUUAUAACUUUAUCAUAUUAUAACUCUGUAAACUUAGUAUUAAUAAGCAAUUCUCUAAUUAUUAAGGUCUGCAAAAAAAACAUGAUACAUAAUAGUCAAACAUUCAAACAAUGCAGAGGCUUUCAGAUGCAUUAUUUGUGAUUCCUAGAAAUAUUAACAGGGACUUUAUAUUAUGUAAUCAUUAUUCUGUGACUCUUAUUUGUGUCAUUGUAUGCAUAGACCUAAUUGCAGAAAAUCAUGAACUCUGAUAGUUAAUAAAUGCAGUUGUGUUGUCUGUGUGUCAGUGCAUUUGAAUUUGUUUUGUUGAUGUUCAAAAACCUAAAUGGUUAAUCCAAGCACCACUACCACUAAUGAUGUGAAGUGGUCAUGGUACCUGUGGUCUGUAUUUGCACCUUUUCGCUUUGAAAUGCUGCAUAUACAGAGUUUAACCACUCUGCUGGAGCAGAUGUUACUCUGGUGUAAGAGUUCUGGGCCGGCUAAUGUCAAUUCUAUGCAAAUUUUAUUGCACAGUCAGCUGACACUCUCAGCGAAUGAAGGGUAAAGGCCUCUGAGCUCAACAUGACCCGAGAGCUUCAUAUGGCCCCAGGUAAGGGGGCAAUACAUUGGUAAAUUGUUUGCGCAUUUUCGGUGGAACCUACCCAGGGUACUCCUGGCAACAUAGCCAUUACAGUGGGCUGUAGUGGUUAUGGUGAUUGGAGUAACCCUUUAACUACCUUUGAAAUGUAAUUUUUGAUAUAUUAAUUAAAACUUAGACUCUUUAUGACCUUGAAAAUACAGCAAAAUGUUGCUUUUGCUUUUUUCCUUGCAUUCAAUGAUAUUUGUGUCUGAUUUACAGGUUCAGCAGACAACAAGAAAAAUAUUGAUAGAAAUAUUUCAUUUAUAAGUAGAAAUAACCAGGAAAGCAAUGGGUAACCAAAAACUUUAUUUUUUUUUUUUUUAACUUUGAUUUUAAAUGUACAUAGGAUAACAGGAACAGCACUCAGAAACAGCCAAUAUGUAUUUUAAGUAAUGAUAAAAAUCAGUCUUUGUUUAUUAAAAUAGAUUUUUUUUGUCUAUCUACGAUAAGUUUCUGGGUUAGAUUUACUAAACCUUCCUGUGGCAAAGACUUCACUACAUAUUGCAAUGCUGCAUGUAUAACAAGAAUGGAUCUGUGCUUUAAUGGACCACCCCACACUGAAAUUUGUAGAACAACAAUUCUGUUUAGUAGAUAUAGAAUGAAUACAUGCAUGCAUUUUUCAUACAUGUAUUCGUUGUGGGUAUCUAGAGAGUGCAAAAGCUGAGGCUCUUAUGAACUGCAGCCUUUGCAAGCUAUCUUGAUGAAGCGGUUUUGGUGUAUGGAUCAUGCCCCUCCUGAACUUUCACUGCUUAAUUCUCUGCCAUUAAAGAGUUAAUGACUUUUAUUUCUGUCCAUGCAGCCCCAUACCACCCAUCCUUUGCAAGGAGGAGUGACUAGGACUGCAUAAACAAUGUGAUUUAACUCAUAAAUGAAAGAGAAUUGAGCAGUGAGAACAACUGCUUCAUUAAGCUAAAGUUGUUUGGGUAACGAUAGUGUCCCUUUAAGAAGCCUCUGAAUCUGAGUAGGAAGCUGUUGAGAAAAAGAGAUUAGGUUGGUAUGAGGAAAUACAAGUGCAAUAAACUAUAUAUAUGAGAGAAAGAGAGGCACUUUUCAGUUUAAAACAUCUACAUUUAUAGUGAUAACACAUUGAAAAGUUUUAUGAGAGCUCAUGAGCUCAUCAAAUGUACUUUCGAUAUUCUAUAUUCAUAAAAUGAAACCAUUUCUCUAGGCCAGUAUUUCAGUAUAAUCAAGAAAUUAAUUUCACCAAGUGGCAACAUAUUUUCAUGUACAUUGCACAAGUUUUCUAACUAGCAAAAAUAUAUAAAUACAAAUGGUCAAAUAUCCUGUUUAUAGCUACUUGCAAAGAUCCUGAAGUCAUUACUAACAGUAGAGCUUACUAAAAAUAGCAACAGAAUGUAAAAAGAAUGUCUGCAUUUAAGCAUUAUGCUCAUAUACAUUAAAUAUUGUGAGAGAGCCCAUUCCCUCCUCCCCUCCCUGACUGUAGGAAUAUUAUGACCCAUUAUAAUUUCUUGUACUGUUUGGAAGCAGUGAGUAUUUACAUAUGUAUAUAUGAGGGUGAGGCUUUAUGGGCUAGAUUCUAUAUUUAAAAAUACAUGAAAGAUAAAAACAUUUAUACACUUUUGGUAUUGGAGAGGUUAAUGUACAAUAUUUAAAUGCUCCUCUUUUGUAACUUGACUAACUAACCUCAGUCGUCAAUCAAGCCAUAUAGUUGGAAUGCCCGUUACCAUUUGGAGAUUCAAAUUAAGAAAAGCAAAUUAUAAAAAAUGCAAUGUAGUUAACACAUUUACAAAAAUAAUUACUUUAAAAAAAUAGAUUUUGAUUUGUCAUUUUUUUUAAUAAUGCUCAACAACAAACAUAUAACACCAAUAGAUCCGUUUGAAAUAUUCUUCACUAUGUUUAGAAUGCAUUAUUUGGCUAGGCAAAUAGACUUCUAUAAAAAGGAAUAAUGUACAAAUAAAUAUUAACAAAAUAUUGUUCAAUUGAUGCUAGCCAUAAUUUAUCAGGCUGUACAUUGUUUUAUAAAACAGUGUUAGUUUAAGGAAAAAUACGUUUGACUAUUUCUUAACAUGAUAGAUUAAUCUUAAAGAAAAGUUUAACUGUAUACAUUACAAUUAUUUAUAUAGAACCAACAUAUUGUUGCUGUACAGUAGGUAAAGUAAACAAACAAUUCUAACAAAGCACAUUUGACAUAUGCAGUAGUUAAAGAUGGUUUUCUCAUGUAGAACUGGUCAACAAAUAAGUAACGUGGAGCUUGAAGGACAGAGAAUUCGAAACAGAUUCGGAAAUAGGUACGUUAUUUCCUCAUUCUCUAUAUUAAGUAUGUGGUCUUGUUGAAAUACAUAUCACAUGGAAUUUGCUUAAUUUUCAUUUGCACAAAUAUGUAUAUUUUAAUCUUUUGUAACAAGGACAAAUGGUAAUAUGGAUCAGCCAAGAAUAUACACUGAAGCAAAAAGAGAGAGAUAUGAAUCCAGCAAAAUCCGCCAAAAGAUUCAGCAACUUAAGCGCUUGGUCGAAAAUUACAGACGUCAUAUUGUGUGUUUAACUAUAUGCUGCGGAAUAUCAGCUGGGGUAUUUGCUGAACGUGGUUAUUGUGAGUAUAUCUCAUACUUAAUAUUGUUUUAGAAUUGGGGUUAAUUAAUUAUCGAUUUUUAGUUUGUAAAGUAUUAGCGAUUUAUGUAAAUGAGUUUCAAAAUGUACGGAAAGGAUCACUAUAGUGUCAGGAAAACAAAGCGGUGCCGCACGUGCAUUCAAAGUGUCAAUAUGCCUCCAGCUUAACAGAUGCGCCUCUAGUGGCUAUCCGGAAGACAGCCACUAGAGGCUGGCUUAACCCCAAAUCAAUGAUAACAAUAUGAACUUGUAUGAACGUAUUAACUUGUAGUAAGAAAAAUUAUAAUAAGUACUGUUUUAAUCAAUUAAGAUUUUGUUAGGAAAAUCCUAUUUUUUGGAGACAAUAAAAUAACAGACAAAAGUCAAGAGGUCAAAAUUAUAUGUGAAUUAUAUGUUUGGUGAAGAAACUAAAGUAAAUAUAGAUUGCUUAGCCUACCCUAUUCUUUAAAUUCCACAUAGCCCAAUUAGUAAAUAUUGAGUUUAUUGAGGCCAUGGAGCUAAAUGUGUCCAUUUUGUAAUAUAUAUAUAUAUAUAUAUAUAUAUAUAUGCAUGACCAUUCAUAUAUAAAUAAUUACAAAUAAAAUGUAUUUUGAUCCACUUCAAUAUUCUAAAACUAGAUGUAAUCUAUAAUAUGGUCUUUCUAUGUUUUUCUGAGUCUCAUUCGUAUAUUUAUAUUUUAUUCACAUAUUUCCCAAUAUCCUUUUUAUGAUUUUCAGAUUAUGGCUAUGCUUCACCACCAACUGGUAUAUCUCAAACCACAUAUGUGGGGCUUAUUGUGUCUCGAGGAUCAGCUGCCAGUGUUUCAUUUAUGUUCUCUUACAUGCUCUUGACGAUGUGCCGGAAUCUGAUAACAUUCCUUCGAGAGACUUUUUUAAAUAGAUACAUUCCUUUUGAUGCAGCAGUUGACUUCCAUCGUUGGAUAGCAAUGAGUGCUGUUGUUCUUUCAGGUAGGUUCUUAAAGCCGUUAGGGCUUCUUUUAUGACAUCAUUGAUUGAAAAAUGAACUAGUAAAACUGGAAUCUACUCUAGUUUUCUGUUCAGCCAUCCAAUUACUUUGUAUAGUGGGAGCACAUACAGUAUGCUUAUGCCAUUAAAGUUAGUCUCUGUUAUAUUGUUGUGCAUACACAGUCUUUAACUACAUGAAAAGGUUGCACAUGCUAAAGUCAAACUUGGAAGGCUCAAUGGGGAUUCAAUGUUAGGGGUGGAGCUUGACCACUAGAAAUGAAAAACAUGCAAUGGAAUUAAAGUAAGUCCUAAGGGACAAUAGCACCAUACGUGCUACAAUACUUUGAAAAGCAACUUAAUAAAAAUGUUCAAGUAUAUUUAAGUGUAAAGAAAAGAUGAAGAAGGAAGUAUUGUUCUGGGUAAUAAUAUCAUUCAUACUCCAGGAUAUCAUUGACAACUAGAAAAAAUAUAUCCUCCCUAGUUAUAUAAUUUGAUGAUAUUAUUAUUAUUAUUAUUAUUAUUAACAUUAACAAAAAGUAAUAGAAUGAGGGGAAUGAUAUAACUGGCAUAAAUUGUAAAACAACAAUAUUUUGUUUUCAGAUUCACAAAUGUGGAUGGCAAAUAUAUAGAUUUUAUUCUCAGUAAAGAUCCUACUCAAACAUGUAUGAGUAAAUUUAUUGAUGUGUUCUAAAAAGUGGUCUAAAGUACUAAAAGUGGGACUAUAACCAUGGAAUUACCAUGGAAACCAAUGGAACCCACAGGCACAUUCCAAUUGUGACUUCUCUGCUUUUAAAUUAUUGUACCACUUUUAAGAACAAGACACUUUGAUGAAUCUCUCCCAUAACGUUCUCAAUAUUAAGUGCUUGUGGAUUGAUAGAGCUUAAGAUACUACAUGGGUGAGCCGAAAAGCCCUUUUAUACUAACAAAAGGUCUGAAUACUAUUGGUUCUAAAUAAGAUAUAUUAGAAAAGAAUAGAAGAAUUUGAUUGAGCUAAUUCAGAUUUGUUUCUCUCUGCAUAGUUUUCCAUGCAGUUGGACAUGUGGUCAAUGUUUACAUCUUCUCAAUCACUCCUAUCAGUAUUCUUGGUUGCGUUUUCCCAACAGUCUUUACUGAUGACGGGUAUGUAUAAAAAUAAAUGUAUACAAUUUUAAAAGUAGAAUUACUUUCUAUUAAAUGCCCCUUAUAAUUAAUACGUGCAUAAGGAGCGUUUUUAAAUACUGAAAUGUAAAUUUAGAAUUGUGUACACUUUGGAGGAGGCUAACAUUUCUCCAUUUCUAAUUUUAUCUUAUUAGAUCAGAGUAUCCAGAAAAGUUUUACUGGUGGUUUUUUGAGACUAUACCAGGUAAGCAUUACUAAACCAUAAUUACAUCUUGUGUAUACCAUUUGCGCACUCAUUGUCCUGCAUUCUGAUGACAUUCUUUAAUAAGGAUUGGUCAAGGGUUGUUUGUGAAUUCAAUUGAAUGCAUAUAUCUAAAAAAAAUGAAUGCAAAUAAUAAAUAUACUAUGUUAAAAAACAAGGUACCAGUGCCCCCAGAUUUGCCAUGUUUUCAAAUCCACAUUCAUUUUCAUAUCCACAUUCUACAUUUAACAAAUAAGUUAUUUUGAAUCACUUCCUGUAUGAUUACUUGAGUUCACACUUGCAAUUUUUACAUUCCAUAUCACGCAACACAUUUUUUAGAUACCAAACUAUAGGAGGUGAAACUGACAAAUCCAGGAAAUCCAAUUAAAUAUGCUAUAUCUUGCAACCCUUAAUGAUUUAUAUUUCAUGCAUACCUUACAUGUGCCACGUCUGCAUAAUGAAACUAAACUAGCAUUUUCUGUAAACUGAUAUAAUUUGGUCCAAUGUGGUUUAUAUCAUUCUUUGACUCAAGCUCUACAAGUGCUGUGGAUAUGAAUAAAUAUUUUUUUUUUAAAUACAAAUUCCUGCUUCUAGUGUUCGAGAGCAUUUUAGACCGACCAAAAAAAAAGAAAUUUAGAAUUUUGGCUUAUGAGAUAGUUCAUGUAAAUCCUUUAUCAUUGUUAUAUCCACUCAAAAAUACAGAUCAUGUUAGACAGCGGUGAUUAAAUGAAUAUCACUUUGUUUGUUCAUUACCUUUCAGGUAUGACUGGAGUACUUCUGCUAGUAGUCCUGGCUUUGAUGUAUGUUUUUGCUUCAAGUCAUUUCCGACGCGUUAGUUUCCGUUGGUUCUGGAUAACACAUCACCUCUAUGUCCUCUUCUACAUUUUGGUAAGCAUAAUGCAGAAUCUAGAAAGGCAUUCAGUUAGUUAAUAUAAUUCAUUAUCAGAAUGUUUAGAUAUCAUUUUUACAUUAGAAACUACAAAGGGCAUUAAGAUACUCAGGACGCUUCUUCUUUGUUCUCCUAUAGAGUCCACACAGAAUUAUUGCUGUAUCUAAAGAACAAAACAAAAGGGGGACAUGUGCUACUUUACAAUAUGUAUAGAACAUAAAUGUUCAUUCAGUAAUUAAAGAAUAUAAUAAUCAGUGCAGCCUCUGCCUAUAUGUCAUACCAAUGGCACAGUACUACUGAUAUGAAAACAUAGUAAAUAGUAAUGGUAUUAAAUAAGUUAUAUGGUAUAUUCAAUGCAUUUCUAAAAGGUAUAACAUCAAAUUACAGGAUUAAAUUUUAAGUACAGUUCUCUUAUUUACACAGUAAACAGGAUUACAGAAAUGUAAUCCUAAAUAUACACAGAUUGUCAAUGAGUUGGCAAAUAGGAGAUUUACAAAAUGCAAAUCUGGGAUAAAUCCACUGAUAUUUGUUCUUAUCCAGUUUUGUAAAAAUCUGGUGUCUGGAAUAAAAUUGUAAUUUCAUAGAGUUACUUUUAUGUAAAGCAUAUGAUUCACAUAUUUAUUAAACACGUAAAAUAAAGCAGAUUUACAGAGAUCUCUUACAGGAGAUGUGGUUACAAUACAUUGUUUUGCAGGCAAGGAGUACAGCAAUCUACAAGCUCUGAAGCCAGCAGGCAAAUAAUUAAACAUAAAAGUGUUCCCAGAAUCCCUUGUAAUCCAUUACAUCACAUAGAGCAAUGAGAGUGUAAAUAAUAGAGUGUGUUUGUGGCACUCUAUUAUUCAUUAUUUGGUGUAAUGCAUUUAUUUAUUAAUUAUGUAACAAUCAAGGAGGUAAUGGUCUUUUGUAAGAGGUGGUUAAAGGAACGCUCCAAACUUUCUUUUCCCCUGUUUUAUAAGAUGCUGAUUCAAUAGAAAUGGGCACUUUUAUAAAUGAACUUUGUAACACCUCCCCCAGCUGUCAAUCAGACAGCAGGGUGUGCUACUUCCUGGUAGUUUAGCUCUAUGUAACCAAACUCAAGAGGUAGGCAAUUGCCCAGAGCACUUGUGAUAGAGCUCAUUAAGUAUAUAAAUAAAAUUAGAUAUUGUGUAUGAGUUUAAUUUCUUACAAUGCUUAUGAUAUUUUACAGACAAUAAUACAUGGCAGUUUCGCUUUAAUCCAACAACCACGAUUUCACAUAUACUUCAUUGCCCCGGCUAUUAUCUAUAUUGGAGACAAACUGAUCAGUUUAAGCAGGAAGAAGAUAGAGAUUGAGGUUCUGCAAGUAGAUCGACUUCCUUCAGGUAAUCUGGUCAUUGCGGGUUUGGCUGUCAUGUUUGGUUUAGACAAUGUCUCUUAAAAUUUCACCAUUAAACCUUGAUAGCUUGUGUUAACAUUUUUUAAUGAAAUGCAAAAUGCAAUAAAAUAAAUAAAUAAAUAUAUAUAUAUAUUAAUAUGACAGCAAAUAAUAUCAUAAUCCAGUUCAGAUAAGGCAAAGCCAUGAGUAUAGAGUAUACUUCAUUUCUAUGGCUACUGCCAAGUACAAAGGGCAGAGCGCAAAACAAUGACUGACCGGAAGCAAAGAUGGAGGCACCCAGUUGCAGGAUAAAAAGGUGGUUAUUUUUUUCAUACUUCACAGAUAAAUAUUUGUUAAAUAUAGGGAAUGGGUAAAUAUAAUAUUUAUAAAAUUUGGUAAGUCAGAACUCCCCUUUAAACCUACAAAGACACUGGAACAAUGAUUAUUACUAUGUAGUAUGUUUUUUUUUUUUGUUUUUUUUUGCGACUACAAGAAUUUUAAACUUUUCCCUAGGGUUUGUUUUGAUGAAUGAAUAAUGAGUUUCACGCGAUGACUUUUUAUGUGCUAGUGAUUUAUUUAUUUCAAAUAAACAUAUAUAAAAGAGUUGGCAUUGUGUGAAACCUAGUAUAACGUGUUUUACAACCUUAUAUGAUAUUUUAGUAUAAUAUCAUAUACAUCUGCUUUCUAUUUUUGAACACUUUAUUGACAGUGGAAAAAUGAUUACUACUAUGUAAUAUGUUGUGGGUUUUUUUUUGGUGACAAACAAUGUUAAGCAUUUCUCUAGAAUUUGUUUUGAUGAAUGAAUAAUGCGUUUCACUCGAUCACUUUCUUUGUGCUAACGAUAUAAGGAUUUAAAUAAACAUAUAUAAAACUUAGUUACUGUGUGAAACAGAUUAUAACAAGUUUUACAACCUUAUAUGAUACCUUAGUAUAAUAUUAUAUAGAUCUGGUUACUAUUUUUGUGCAGUUUAUUGGUCUAGAACAAGGGUACGCAACCUUUUCACAGCAUUACACCAAAACAAGACUUAAAAUCCUCUGGCAUGCCAUAUAUAUAUACACAGGUUAUUUAGCUUUACAUAUGAAUCCAGGGUUCCUUUCUUCAUGAUGGAUGAGAUCCAGCAAUCCAUCAAAGUUCAUGGUUUUGUUUUGGUGUUUUUUUUGCCGUUGCUGGACCUGCAAUGCCUCUUCUAGGAUGUAGGUUUGUUGUGCUGCGCAGUAGAUUUUAAAUUUUCUAUUCUAUUUUCAUAGAUGAAUGAUUCCAUUAAAAUGCUUCUCUAGGCGUGUUUAAUGAUAUGCUAAACAGAUAAAACAAACAUAUUGAGAAAUUUAAACCAAAGUUUUGCCGAGGAGGCUUAUCAAAAAUAGAAAACAAAUACAACCAUAGAAAUGGAGCUUGAACUCUAUGCACUGCCUGUCAAUUUCACAUAAACAUUUUUUGACAAAUCUAUUUUGCUUUUCUUUUGGAAAGAAAUGUUGCCAUUAACCAGCCUCUUUUUCCUCCUUCAAUAUUAGGAGUAACGCACAUUAGGUUCCAACGUCCAUCUGAUUUUCAUUAUAUGUCUGGACAAUGGGUCAGGAUUGCUUGUUUGAAUCUUGGCACUGAUGAAUACCAUCCUUUCACACUGACCUCAGCUCCACAUGAGAAGACAUUGAGUUUGCAUAUAAGAGCUGUUGGCCCAUGGACAACCCGCUUAAGGGAGAUUUACACAUCUCCAGCUGAUCCACUGCAGAUAUAUCCAAAGGUAUUGAUGCUUAGUUUCAUUUAUCUAUAGCACAAAAGACUGCACUGACUUACGAGGUUAAUGAGAAGUACUUGAAUCCAUCAAUAGUCUAAUCUCUCAAUGCUUUAUAUGCAAAUUCAGUUCAAUUUCCUGAUUAUUAUUAUGAUUUUUAUAUAGCGCCAUCAAAUUCCGCAGCGCUUUACAAUGGGUGGACGAACAGACAUGUAGUUGUAACCAGACAAGUUGGACACACAGGAACAGAGGGGUUGAGGGCCCUGCUCAAUGAGCUUACAUGCUAGAGGGAGUGGGGUAAAAUGACACAAAAAGGUAAGGAUAGUAUUAGACUAGUGACAGUUGCAGAAGAGGAGACCAAUAUGUGUGUCAUCAAGAAUUUUUUUUUUUAGAGGUUUAGCUGAAGUUUCAGAAAAAGUCUAUGCCAAUUAAUGUUAACUUCCCACUUCCACAAAAGUCACUAUAUCUCUCAAUGCAAAGUAUAUGUCUCAGCCGUGUAUCAGAAGAAUGCAUAAACUUUUUUUUUUUUUUUAAAUCUGUUUCAGCUUUAUCUUGAUGGACCAUUUGGAGAAGGGCACCAAGAGUGGAAUAAGUUUGAAGUCUCUGUCUUAGUUGGAGGAGGCAUUGGCGUUACUCCCUUUGCUUCAAUUCUGAAAGAUCUGGUAUUUAAAUCAUCAAUCAAUUCAAGGAUCUACUGCAAAAAGGUAAUACUCCUUGAGAGAUCAUUAUUAACCUUUAUUAUACUAUAUUGUGAAUAUGAAAGUUUGGUGUCCUGGAUUAGAGAAUAUUUUGAAAUAUUUUAAGAUUAAAACUUGCAAAAUAGAAAAAGAUCUAUAGGUAUUCUAUUAUAAUCAGAGUGGCAAUAUUUAAGCCAAUGAUUUGUCAACCACUAAUUGGCUGAAACAUUGACUUAUUGAUUACAAAAAUAAGAAUCAGACAUUGCAUGCCUAAUAUACACAAGGGUUUUUAUUAGUGUACGAUAAUAAAUGUUUAAUAAACAAAAAUGUUGUUACAUUUCAGGUAUAUUUCAUCUGGGUUACACGCACGCAAAAACAGUUUGAAUGGCUGACAGAUAUCAUUAGAGAAGUGGAAGAAAAUGACAAAAACAACCUUUUGUCGGUCCACAUAUACAUAACACAGCUUGCUGAAAAGUUUGACUUCCGCACAACCAUGCUGGUAAGAAAAUAAUGCUCUUUCUAAAAAAAAAAAAAAUAUAUAUAAAAAAAAAAAUAUAUAUAUAUAUAAAGAAAUAAAUGAUAAAAAUAUAAAAAUAUUAGGUUAUUAAGAGAUCUAUAACACACACACACAUUUAUAUAUAUAUAUAUAUAUAUAUAAAUAUAUAAAUAUGUCUCAAUGUUCCUUGUACUACAUGCUUCAAGGGUGUGUUGGCUUACAUGCUGGGUGCUGGAUCCAGGUCAUAGAUAUCCAGAAAAUUCAACAGAUGGUCCGCACUCCAGGCUCCAUUUAAAAAGCAACUUUUAUUCUUACAUCAAAGUAAAAAUUAUGUGCCAAAGGUCAACGUUUCAGUCCCAGUUCGGGAUGAUGAAAGUCCCUAACUGGGACUGAAACGUUGACCUUUGGCACAUCAUUUUUACUUGGAUGUAAGAAUAAAAGUUACUUUUUAAACGGAGCCUGGAGUGUGGACCAUCUGUUGAAUUUUAUAUAUAUAUAUGGCAAAAUGAAUAUGCACAGACACUCUAUUAAACACCACAAAGAAGAAUCCUACUGCACUCCUGUGGGACACCACUUUACCCAGCCUGGCCACUCACUGAAGGACCUAAAAAUCAAAGUACUGAAAGGGGGUUUUAAAAAUACCCAGGAAAGAAACACUUUUGAAGCCAGAAUGAUUAAAUGGUUUAACAGCAAUAAUAGAGGACUAAAUAUUGAUUUGGGUUUCCUGUCCCACUGCCAACACUUUACAUGAACACUCUCCCAGCAUUAUCUUACAGUUCUGUCAUAUGUAUCAACAUUUUAAAAUGCGUUCCUUAAUGUUUAUUCUAUCUAUAUACAAAGUAUAUAGUAUGUGUAGACCUAUGCUUUCCCAUACUCGUAUGUAUGUAUGCUUAUAUAUUAUUACUAUAUAUAUAUUACUGUGCAUUUAUAUUUGUGUGUGAGUUCAUGUGCAUGUAUGUAUAUGUGUUUAUGUAUAUGUACAUGUGUUAAUGCGUUCACAUAUACAUAUUUAUGUGUAUGUGUAUGUAUAAAGUGUACCAUCCUCUGCACUGUCUGCUUGUUUGUUUUUCUUCUCCCUCUCUCCCCCCUCACUCGGCUCUUCAGAAAGAUAUGUAUGACCCUCUGUAAAAAUUGUGUCUAUUUUCUAACAAACCUGUGUCUUAUCUGCACUCAUGUCGCUUUAACCACUGUAUCACAACUCAACUUUGAAUUCUAUGUGUCGUCUUGCUCAGAAAUGCUUCAGACUUGAGAAAGGGAGAUUCUCCCGAAAGCUUGUCAUUAAAAAAUUCUGUUAGUCCAAUAAAAAAAGGUAUUACAAGAUAAGAAUUGUAUCUGUUUUUUUACACACAUAUAUAAAUAUAACACAUAUAUGUAUACACUUUAAAGUUCUUGACAUGUGUAAAUGAUACAAUUAUAUGUUAAAAACAUUUUAGCAGUUCUGAUGCCAAGAUUUAAAUCUAUGAUAUUUUUCCUCUAUGUUUUCAUAUUUUAGUAUAUAUGCGAAAGACACUUCCAGAAGGUACAAAACCAGAGUCUGCUAACUGGUCUUCGUUCAGUGACACAUUUUGGGAGACCCCCAUUUCUUGGUUUCUUAAAUUCCUUACAGGAUGUCCAUCCUAUGGUUAGUGACUAACAACUUUGCUAGUGAUCUGAACAUAUUUUAAAUAGGUAUUGAGUACAACUGUACACCAUUUAUUGUGCAAUGCGAAGCUAUUUAAAGUCUGAUGCUUGCAUCAUAAUUUUAAGAAUACUGCACACCAGUGGUUCCCAAACCAGUCCUAAUUGUCCACCAACAGUCCAGGCUUUGUCAGUAUCUCCAUUGGAAUAAAAAAAGGGAAAUGAAUACAUUGGGGGGAUUUGGACCUUUGAGGGGGGAAUUAGACACAUGGAGAGGGUUGGGUUGGAGGGAAUCAGACAUGUGGCAGGGUGGGAAUGAGAUACUUGGGAGGUAAGAGACACAUGAAGGGAUUUGUGGGGGGAAAUUAAACAUAUGGAGGGGAUCAGGGGGAAAUUAGAAACAUGCGGGAGGUGGGAGAGGGAAAAUAAGACACAAGAGAGGGCCCAGGGCAAUUUUUGCACCGGGGCCCGGUGGUUUCUAGUUACGCCUUUGCCACUGCUGUAUACUAUCUUAUGUGCUUAUUGUGCAGUAACAGUUGCUUUAUAUUUAGAUAUUUAAUUGCAGCUUUGAAUGGUGUUUGACUAUCCAUUAGCAGCCAUCUUUCACUGUGUUGUACACAGCAUUUUUAACACUACUUUGUUAAAGGGACACUCCAAGAUAAUCUAUGCUCCUAGCAUAGGCUAUGAUGCAAGUGGUUCUCAUCAGUUUUAAUAUAAGUGGAGUAAGCUGUAUAAGGUAUCUGCAGCUGUCAGUUAAAAUAAUUAUUUAAAAACCACAUCACUGCUGCUAUCAGCAUUUGAUAUAUCAGUGUGAUGUGUGCUUUUCCAUGAUUAAAAAUGCUGCUAGUUGUGAAUAAUGCACUCCAUAAAAUUAUGUUUAUGGACAAGUUAUGUUCACCUAUUCCAUUGAUGGGGCAAUUAAUGAAAGUACUGGAUGACAGAUUUUCAGCCACCUGAUGAUUUAGCAUAGGUCACUGCAGUAGACACAAUAUUUUAACUUAACCCCUUAAGGACACAUGACAAUGAUUCCCUUUUAUUCCAGAAGGUUGGUCCCUAAGAGGUUUAAGGGUUAUGCUUUAUCUUGCUAGUCAGUGGUUAUAGCGAUGUCCUUCCAUUCAGCAUCAAACCAUCUUUAAUGUUUUAAUGUUAAACGGAAGUCCUCAGCAACCCAUCCCCUUUGUGCUGCUUGGACUAUUGGUGGAUAAUUAGCAUUUGCAGCAAUGGGUGUUUGUGAUUUGCUGAGAGUGUCAGCUGACCACUUUCAACCGAUCACCAUGCCAAUUGCUGGUAUGAAUUGGUAUAACUAAGGAAGAGUAUGAUCUCAGUGUUAGCCACAGUUCCAGUGGGGGCAGGGCUAUGGGUGGCCAGGUACCCUUAUUUAGUGUUAUAAACGGCUUGCAAAUGGUUUUAACACUGAAUGGAGGGGCAGUGUCAGGCUAUUUCAAGCAAUAUAAUCAAUUUAAUGAGAUGCAAUGGCUUACAGUAUCCCCUUAACAUUUUUAAAGAAUUACAUACAAAUGUAAUAAAUAUAUAUAUCUUCCUAAAAAGACCCUUAGAGUGCCAUGCCAUCCACAAAGUAUGAGCUUCAAGUACUUGCCACAAUGCAUGAUCACAUUUUGAGUUUGUGUCAUUAGAAUAUAUGGAAAACAUGGUGGGUUUUUAGAGGAAUAAGGCAACACCUAGUAACCAAUAUAUUAUCGUUAAUUUGGUUGGACUAGUAUUUUUAGUUGGUUACAUAAUCCUACAACAAUCAAACGUUAUACUUUAUUUUUUUUUAUUUUUUAAGGUAAAGAAAAUUGGUGUGUUCAGCUGUGGCCCUCCUGGAAUGACAAAAAAUGUGGAGACUGCUUGUAGAAAACUUAACAAAAAGGAUGAGUCCUAUUUUGUGCAUCAUUAUGAAAACUUUUAAGAAUUUCACGAUCAAUGCUUUGAUCAACACCUAAAGACGAAUCUUCUGUUUUAUUUUAUUUUUUUUGGGGGGGGAGGGGAUUCCUGAGAAUGAAAGGCCAUUACAUGUUUGCUUUUUACAUAUGUUCAUUGUUACAGCCUCUGCACAUUUUAUAAAUAAAUAGAGAUUUAAAGAUACCUAAUCUUAAUUAUAAAAUGAAUGAAUCAGCUUUUCAUGCAUCAUGCAUAAUUUGAUGCUCUUACAGCUUCAAAUACCCCCCCAAAAAAGUUGUGAAAUUAAGUAGUGAUGACAGCAUUUUUAUUUCAGUACUUAUGUUUACAUCCAUUAUAUUAUGCAAUAAUAAGUUUGUGUCUCAAUAAUAAGUUUGUGUCUGACUUUCUCUGUUGUGAUGUUAUGAAGAAAUAAUAAAAAAAAUAUAAAAC